AUGGUGGCGGCAGGCAGGUAGGCGGAGUCGAAGAGAUAUCAUUGUAUUAUAUUUAUAAGGUCAUGGGAUUGUCUACAAAUGUGCAUGGUGGUAGACUCAUAACAUAAACAUAAGCACACACACACACGGUUAUUAUUUAAGUGUUUCCUGGUGCGUGGGAGGAACAUGCCACUGUAGUCUGCUAGUCUAGUGAGUCAGCACAGAUAAAUACACAGUACACAGUACAGUCAGCCUGUCAGAUAAGUAGUAUCAUACGGUGGUGGUGUACGUGUGUGUGUUUAUGCGUGUUUAUGUGUGGGUGGGUGUGUGUACGUGCGUGACCAUGCACAUCUGUUUCUUUGUGCACUUCCAGUACAGCAGUGUUCCCCAAUCCUGGUCCCAAAGGGGUGCACAUUUUUGUUUUUGCCCUAGCACUCACAUACCUUAAUCAAUUCAAAAGCUUGAUGAUGAGUUGCUUAGUUGAAUCGUGUGUGAGUGCUAGGGCAGAAACAAAAAAGUACACUGCUUUGGGCAACACUGCAGUACAGAGUUAAAAGUGUAAUGAUGCAAAUAAUAUGCAAUGAUCAUUUUGCUCAUUUGCAUCAUCAUACAUUUUGCUCUAUAUUGAAAGUGCUCCAUCUUGAAAACUUGAUUGCUAACAUCCAACAUAAAAAAAAAUAUAUUAACAUUGGACUAAUGAACAAAAUACUAUAAGAAAUUAUUUUAGUAAAACAUCCCUUUCAGGCACCUACCACUCCAUUCAGGAAAGCUGUGUCUAGUAACUUUUGCUCCACCGCCUCCACAUCCUGGACACCCCUUGACUUUUUCCACAUUUUGUUACGUUACAGCCUUAUUCUGAAAUGGAUUAAGUUGUUUUUCACCCCCUCAUCAAUAUAUACACAAUACCCCAUAAUGACAAAGCAAAAACUGGUUUUUAGAAAUGUUUACAAAUGUAAUAUAAAAAAUAUAUGACAUUUACAUAAAUAUUCAGACUCUUUACUCAGUACUUUGUUGAAGCACUUUUGGCAGCGAUUACAGCCUAGAGUCUUCUUGGGUAUGAAGCUACAAGCUUGGCACACCUGUAUUUGAGGAAUUUCUUCCAUUCUUCUCUGCAGAUCCUCUCAAUCUCUGUCAUGUUGGAUGGGGAGUGUCGUUGCACAGCUAUUUUCAGGUCUCUCCAGAGAUGUUCGAUCAGGUUCAAGUCUGGGCUCUGGCUGGGCUACGCAAAGAGAUUCAGAGAAUGCCACUCCUGUGUUGUCUUGGCUGUGUGCUUAGGGUUGUUGUCCUGUUGGAAGGGGAACCUUUGCCCCAGUCUGAGGUCCUGAGUGCUCUGGAGCAGGUUUUCAUCAAGGAUCCCUCUGUACUUUGCGGCGUUCAUCUUUCCCUCGAUCCUGACUAGUCUCCCAGUCCCUGCCGCUAAAAAACAUCACCACAGCAUGAUGCUGCCACCACCAUGCUUCACCGUAGCUUGGCAUUCAGGCCAAAGAGUUCAAUCUUGGUUUCAUCAGACCAGAGAAUCUUGUUUCUCAUGGUCUGAGAGUCUUUAGGUGCCUUUUGGCAAACUCCAAGCAAGCUGUCAUGUGCCUUUCACUGAGGAGUGGCUUCCGUCUGGCCACUCUACCAUAAAGGCCUGAAUGGUGAAGUGCUGCAGAGAUGGUUGUCCUUCUGGAAGUUUCUCCCAUCUCCACAGAGGAACUCUGGAGCUCUGUCAGAGUGACCCCUUCUCCCCCGAUUGCUCAGUUUGGCCGGGUGGCCAGCUCUAGGAAGAGUUUUGGUGGUUCCAAAGUUCUUCCAUUUAAGAAUGAUGUAGGCCACUGUGUUCUUGGGGACCUUCAAUGCUGCAUAAUUUUUUUGGUACAAUUCCCCAGAUCUGUGCCUCGACACAAUUCUGUCUCGGAGCUCUACGGGCAAUUCCUUCGACCUCAUGGUUUGGUUUUUGCUCUGACAUGCACUGUCAACUGUGAGAGCCUAUAUAGACAGGGGUGUGCCUUUCUAAAUCAUAUCCAAUCAAUUUAAUUUACCACAGGUGGACUCCAAUUAAGUUGUAGAAACAUCUCAAGGAUGAUCAGUGGAAACACGAUGCACCGAAGCUCAAUUUCGAGUCUCAUAGCAAAGGGUCUGAAUACUUACGGAAAUAAGGUAUUUCUGUUUUAUUUUUAAUAGAUUUUCAAACAUUUCUAAACCUGUUUUUGCUUUGUCAUUAUGGGGUAUUGUGUGUAGAUUGAUGGUGUAAGGGAAAUGUAUUUAAUCCAUUUUAGAAUAAGUCUGUGGAAAAAGUCAAGGGGUAUGAAUAUUUUCAGAAUGCACUGUAACUAGCCAUCGCUAGCUAGAUCGCUCAACAAGGCUGACUAUAGUUUGUGCGAAGUGACGAGGCUAGCUCACUCAACAACACACGUCCUAUUGCGCAACAAUAAGCCAAGGCCUAGUUUGUAGUGACACGGCUAGCUACAGUGGGGAAAAAAAGUAUUUAGUCAGCCACCAAUUGUGCAAGUUCUCCCACUUAAAAAGAUGAGAGAGGCCUGUAAUUUUCAUCAUAGGUACACGUCAACUAUGACAGACAAAUGAGGGAAAAAAAUCCAGAAAAUCACAUUGUAGGAUUUUUAAUGAAUUUAUUUGCAAAUUAUGGUGGAAAAUAAGUAUUUGGUCAAUAACAAAAGUUUCUCAAUACUUUGUUAUAUACCCUUUGUUGGCAAUGACACAGGUCAAACGUUUUCUGUAAGUCUUCACAAGGUUUUCACACACUGUUGCUGGUAUUUUGGCCCAUUCCUCCAUGCAGAUCUCCUCUAGAGCAGUGAUGUUUUGGGGCUGUCGCUGGGCAACACGGACUUUCAACUCCCUCCAAAGAUUUUCUAUGGGGUUGAGAUGUGGAGACUGGCUAGGCCACUCCAGGACCUUGAAAUGCUUCUUACGAAGCCACUCCUUCGUUGCCCGGGCGGUGUGUUUGGGAUCAUUGUCAUGCUGAAAGACCCAGCCACGUUUCAUCUUCAAUGCCCUUGCUGAUGGAAGGAGGUUUUCACUCAAAAUCUCACGAUACAUGGCCCCAUUCAUUCUUUCCUUUACACGGAUCAGUCGUCCUAGUCCCUUUGCAGAAAAACAGCCCCAAAGCAUGAUGUUUCCACCCCCAUGCUUCACAGUAGGUAUGGUGUUCUUUGGAUGCAAUUCAGCAUUCUUUGUCCUCCAAACACGACGAGUUGAGUUUUUACCAAAAAGUUAUAUUUUGGUUUCAUCUGACCAUAUGACAUUCUCUCAAUCCUCUUCUGGAUCAUCCAAAUGCACUCUAGCAAACUUCAGACGGGCCUGGACAUGUACUGGCUUAAGCAGGGGGACACGUCUAUGCACUGCAGGAUUUGAGUCCCUGGCGGCGUAGUGUGUUACUGAUGGUAGGCUUUGUUACUUUGGUCCUAGCUCUCUGCAGGUCAUUCACUAGGUCCCCCCGUGUGGUUCUGGGAUUUUUGCUCACCGUUCUUGUGAUCAUUUUGACCCCACGGGGUGAGAUCUUGCGUGGAGCCCCAGAUCGAGGGAGAUUAUCAGUGGUCUUGUAUGUCUUCCAUUUCCUAAUAAUUGCUCCCACAGUUGAUUUCUUCAAAUCAAGCUGCUUACCUAUUGCAGAUUCAGUCUACCCAUCCUGGUGCAGGUCUACAAUUUUGUUUCUGGUGUCCUUUGACAGCUCUUUGGGUCUUGGCCAUAGUGGAGUUUGGAGGGUGACUGUUAGAGGUUGUGGACAGGUGUCUUUUAUACUGAUAACAAGUUCAAACAGGUGCCAUUAAUACAGGUAAUGAGUGGAGGACAGAGGAGCCUCUUAAAGAAGAAGUUACAGUUCUGUGAGAGCCAGAAAUCUUGCUUGUUUGUAGGUGACCAAAUACUUAUUUUCCACCAUAAUUUGCAAAUAAAUUCAUUAAAAAUCCUACAAUGUGAUUUUCUGGAGAAAAAAAAUCUCAAUUUGUCUGUCAUAGUUGACGUGUACCUAUGAUGAAAAUUACAGGCCUCUCUCAUCUUUUUAAGUGGGAGAACUUGCACAAUUGGUGGCUGACUAAAUACUUUUUUCCCCACUGUAUUUCCCUCAUUAAAAUGCAAAUCAAUUUAUAACAUUUUCGACAUACGUUUUUCUGGAUUUUUGUUGUUGUUAUUCUGUCUGUCACUGUUCAAAUAAACCUACCAUUUAAAUUAUAGACUGAUCAUGUCUUUGUCAGUGGGCAAACGUACAAAAUCAGCAGGGGAUCAAAUACUUUUUUCCCUCACUGUAAAUGGCUCCUAGCCUCCCACGCAUAGGCUUCUUUCUGUCCUUAACACUAAAACUGAAACUAAGUAAUAUAAUAUAAUACUUUAAAUAAAUUAAAAAAUGUGUAAAGUGGAUCUGAAAACUAACUUAAAAUAAACUGAAUGUCAAAUAAAAUUCUUAACUAAUAGAAAUAAAAAUGUAUGUAAAAACCCAAACUAUAAUAACAGUGGUGCAUGCAUGGUGUUUCUGUAUAAUCAGCUCUAGUAUUGUCUGGUUGCAGGUGUCUACCACUGUGUCAUGUCCACCUAGUGUGUGUGUGUGUGUGUGUGUGUGUGUGUGGUAGAUAAGGAGUGGGUGGUAUGUCAACGCGUACCCUCCCCCUACCCUAAUGGAAUUUGACCCGUUCAACUGAUUGUCUUCAGUUUCAUUCUGAGACCAGCCACUAAUAUUAUAACUGUCAUGAAUUUGUGUCUGUGUCAAUAUUCAUUCCUUUAUAAAUUCCACACAUAACCUUGUUGCAUUCACUUUCAGUUUAUAGGCAUGGGACACUUUUUAAGUGUUCUACCCACAUUUAUGGUGCUAGGAGUUAUUUUAAAAAAGGGUUUUCAUUUAAUUGAAUACACAUUUUAAUGAAUAUACGUUGGAAUUGUGGACAACACAAACGCACUCACUGAUUUUAUUUUACACAAAUUAUUUUAUCAGAAGCCCUGAAUGAGGCCAGUGCCACUAUCAAAUCAGAAGUCAAGAUACAUUUAGUGCCCAUGAUAAACACAAAUGACAGCCAGCCAGCCAAGGUGUCAUAAUAAAGGAGAUAGUUGGUGGCAGUAAUAAAAGUGCUGGUAGCCUACCUGUAUCAAUGCCAUCCUCAAUUGUAUUUUUUCUGUCCAUCAUUGUCCCUCUCCCUACUCAUUCUCUCCCUAUUUAUUUCUCGAUCUCUCGCUCGCUCUCUUCCUUUGUCUCUCACUCUGUCUCGCUCUCUUCCUUUGUCUCUCACUCUGUCUUUUUCUGCAGCCCUCCCAAGGAGGAAGAGUCUAAGGGCUCAGAGAUGCAGGAGACUACAGACAAGCGCAGGUCGAAGGGGGAGCGCUCCCACACACAACCGGUCACUGAGUUUGAGGUGAAGAGGGUGAGUCUGUUAAAAAUGAGGGUGAUAGUCUGUUCUAUUAUAAGAGGAGUGUAUUGGUGUAUGCAUGAGGAUGUUACAAUCGGAUGAGUAUGUUCUUAAUCAAUCUGUAGGGUAUGCGUGAGGAUUGAUUUGUGUGUUACAAAGAUGGAUCAUGCAUGUUCAUGCUGAAAAUACACGUAUUGUGGGUGGUAGGUACAGGCCAGGGUAGGCCUAUUAGCAAUGGAGUCUGCUUUUGAAGAUGGGAUGAAAAACGUCACACUGUAAAUAACCUUUAUCAGUGUUGCAAUUCAGAAACAUUUAGCAACAACAUGCAUCAACUGCUCAAAUUCUUUCAAUUUCUCGUUCAUUUCUACCUUCUACUCCUAUCCUCUAUUCCCUCUGUCCUUAUUUCUCUCCACCUCCUUUCUUCACUUCCUUUUCCUCAUCCCAUUCCUCUCUCUCUCUGUCAAAUUCAAAAUGCUUUAAUGGCAUGAAGGACAAGGUCAGUGUUGCCAAAGCUAAGUGAUACAUAUUAAAGAAUAGUAGCUAUUAUACUAAAGAAAACAAUACUAAAGGAGUAUUUCUCUCUAAUAAAGCCCUUUUGUGGCGAAAAACUCAUUCUGAUUGUCUGGGCCUGGCUCUCGAGUGGGUGGGCCUGCCUCCCCAGUCAUGUGAACUCCAUACUUACUUUUGUGUGUGUGUGUGUGUGUGUGUGUGUGUGUGUGUGUGUGUGUGUGUGUGUGUAUGUAUAUAUAUAUAUAUAUAUAUAUAUAUAUAUAUAUAUAUAUAUAUAUAUAUAUACACACACACAGUGGGAAAAAAAUAUUUAGUCAGCCACCAAUUGUGCAAGUUAUCCCACUUAAAAAGAUGAGAGAGGCCUGUAGUUUUCAUCAUAGGUACACGUCAACUAUGACAGACAAAAUUAGAAAAGAAAAUCACAUUGUAGGAUUUUUUAUGAAUUUAUUUGCAGAUUAUGGUGGAAAAUAAGUAUUUGGUCAAUAACAGAAGUUUCUCAAUACUUUGUUAUAUACCCUUUGUUGGCAAUGACACAGGUCAAACGUUUUCUGUAAGUCUUCACAAGGUUUUCACACACUGUUGCUGGUAUUUUGGCCCAUUCCUCCAUGAAGAUCUCCUCUAGAGCAGUGAUGUUUUGGCGCUGUCGCUGGGCAACACGGACUUUCAACUCCCUCCAAAGAUUUUCUAUGGGGUUGAGAUCUGGAGACUGGCUAGGCCACUCCAGGACCUUGAAAUGCUUCUUACGAAGCCUUACGAAACAUCAUGCUUUGGGGCUGUUUUUCUGCAAAGGGACCAGGACGACUGAUCCGUGUAAAGGAAAGAAUGAAUGGGGCCAUGUAUCGUGAGAUUUUGAGUGAAUACCUCCUUCCAUCAGCAAGGGCAUUGAAGAUGAAACGUGGCUGGGUCUUUCAGCAUGACAAUGAUCCCAAACACACCGCCCGGGCAACGAAGGAGUGGCUUCGUAAGAAGCAUUUGAAGGUCCUGGAGUGGCCUAGCCAGUCUCCAGAUCUCAACCCCAUAGAAAAUCUUUGGAGGGAGUUGAAAGUCCGUGUUGCCCAGCGACAGCCCCAAAACAUCACUGCUCUAGAGGAGAUCUGCAUGGAGGAAUGGGCCAAAAUACCAGCAACAGUGUGUGAAAACCUUGUGAAGACUUACAGAAAAUGUUUGACCUGUGUCAUUGCCAACAAAGGGUAUAUAACAAAGUAUUGAGAAACUUUUGUUAUUGACCAAAUACUUAUUUUCCACCAUAAUUUGCAAAUAAAUUCAUUAAAAAUCCUACAAUGUGAUUUUCUGGAUUUUUUUUCUCUUUUUGUCUGUCAUAGUUGACGUGUACCUAUGAUGAAAAUUACAGGCCUCUCUCAUCUUUUUAAGUGGGAGAACUUGCACAAUUGGUGGCUGACUAAAUACCGUAAUUUUCGGACUAUAAACCUCGCCUUUUUCCCAAUUUUUCGACCCUGCGGCUUAUAUAACGGUGCAGCUAAUCUAUGGAUUUUUACAGCUAACGGCCACUAGAAGACCUCCUAAAUCUAUGGAUUUUACAGGUUACAGACCACCAACUUUAACUCUAUGGGCUCUUUGACCGGUCCGCGCCCCCCACCUUUAAGCGGCGGGCUCCAGCAGGAAAAGCUGGAGGCCGGAAAAGAGUGAGACAGGUAGCGCGCAAAAGUAAAAGUGGAACAGAGAGUGGUACGAGAGACAGAACGAGAGACAGAACGAGAGCAAGACAGACAGACAUUACGAGAGCGAGACAGUUUGUGCAAAGGAAGUUUUCAUGCACAAACCCUCAUUAUGGAAAACAAACGUAGAAAUGCAUAUGAUGCAGCUUUUAAGUUAAAGGCAGUCAAUCUGGCUGUAAAAGGAGGAAAUAGAGCUGCUGCACGUAGCCUUGGCAUCAAUGGGUCAAUGGUGAGAUGUUGGAGACGCCAGCGGGAAGAACUGUCUCAAUGCAAAAAGUCAAAAAAAGCUUUCAGAGGUAAUAAAAGCAGAUGGCCCGAACUUGAAGACUUUCUUGAAGAUUGGGUGAACACACAGAGAGCAGACGGCCGAGGUGUUUCCACCGUGCAGAUCCGACUGAAAGCUGAAACAGUCGCCACCGAAAUGAAAAUUGAAAAUUUUCGAAAGGGACUGUCCAUCAGGGCGCGGACGACUGUGUGUCAGCAACUCCCUCCCGACUACCAGGAAAAAAUAACAAACUUCGGCGAAUUCACACAAAGAAAGAUAGAGGAAUAUUCCAUCGGACCGGACCAGAUCAUAAAUAUGGAUGAAGUGCUUUUGACGUUUGACCUGCCUCUCACUAGGACUGUUAACAAGAAAGGUGAAUCGUCCAUCACGUUGAGAACCACUGGCCACGAGAGAACGAAUUUCACUUGUGUUCUUGGCUGCACAGCAUCUGGAUUAAAGCUUCCGCCAAUGGUGAUUUUUAAGCGGAUUACAAUGCCAAAAGAAAAGAUCCUGAAUGGCAUCUCCUUUAAAGUCAACAAGAAAGGGUGGAUGAUGGAAAGCGUAAUGAAUGAGUGGCUGAAUGAGUGCUAUGUCAAGCGCCCUGGAGGAUUCUUUCGCCAAAAAAAACUUUGCUCGUUUUGGACAGCAUGAGGGCCCAUAUAACGGAUUAUGUGAAAGCAGCCAUCAAGAGCACAAACUCGAUUCCAGCUGUGAUUCCUGGGGGCACAACGAAGCAUCUGCAGCCACUCGACAUCAGUGUCAAUCGUGCGUUCAAAGUGGCACUACGCGUUCAGUGGGAGGCGUGGAUGACUAGCGGCGAUAAAUCAUUCACCAAAACUGGUCGCAUGCGAAAAGCAACUUUCGCUCAAGUUUGCGAGUGGAUCCUGAUAGCGUGGAGGAGUGUCAAAACAUCCACGAUCAUUAACGGGUUCCGAAAGGCUGGACUGCUGCGUGAUGAAGAGGAGGACGCCGCCACAGCUGAGGCCCUUCAGAGGCUGUUCGAUUCCGACAGUGACGAAGAGGAGUUUGUUGGUUUUGAGAGCGACAACGAAGGAGAGAGGAGAGUGGCUGACGAAGCCACCCUGAGCCUGUUCGUUUCCGACACUGAAGAUGAGGACUUUGGUGGUUUUAGUACGCAGGAAGAAGACGGAGAUGAGGAUUAAUGACUUGACUUUUCUGGUUACAGCCGUGUACUGCACCUUAGCCUAAAAGAUGAAGACGAGGAUUAAUGACUUUUCUGGUAGGCUGAUUACCGUAUAUUUUAAGCAGCCGUGUUGCUGCAACUUUAGGCUUACGCGCUUACUGUCGUGUUACAGGCACUUUAUUUUGCACUUUAAAAAAACACAUUUAAUUUAGCCAUUGAUAUUGCCUCGUCAAGCGCUGUAAGCUUUGUUUUUUGGUAUGGUACUACUGUAGGCUAUAAUGUAGAUAAAUAUUCAAAGAUGUGCACACUUUUUCAAGGUUUUUCAAAAAUAACCAAAGUUAAGUGGUUAAAUGAUUGUGACGCUAUUAACUAAUUUUGCUGGGGAACCCCUAGCACUCCCUCAAGGACCACUGGUUGAAAACCACUGCUGUAGAUCACUGCCGGUAUGUGCGCUGGGAGCGCACCGUUUAAGUUUGAAAGUUGAAAAGUUUGUGUGUCUGAAACGCUAUGUGAUACAGUACAGUUUACACAGCACAGUAUAUGUUCUGUAGCUACUAUUGCACUAAAUGGUAACACUUGAAUACGUUAUGCAAAUAUGCAACUUGUUUGUUGAAAUGUUAAUAAAUGGGAGCUUCCUCAAGCAGCCAUAUCUUUCCCGACAAUCCCCUCUGUGCACGAACCCUUACAUAUGGUAAUUAAACAUUAAAACACCUGCGGCUUAUAGUCCAGUGCGGCUUAUAUAGGUACACAUUUUCAAUUUAGCUGCUGCGGCUUAUACUCCGGUGCGCCUUAUAGUGCGGUAAAUACAGUACUUUUUUCCCCCACUGUAUUUGGUACAGAAACCUUUGUUUGCAAUUACAGAGAUCAUACGUUUCCUGUAGGUCUUGACCAGGUUUGCACACACUGCAACAGGGAUUUUGCCCCACUCCUCCAUACAGACCUUCUCCAUAUCCUUCAGGUUUCGGGGCUGUCGCUGGGCAAUACAGACUUUCAGCUCCCUCCAAAGAUUUUCUAUUGGGUUCAGGUCUGGAGACUGGCUAGGCCACUCCAAGACCUUGAAAUGCUUCUUACGGAGCCACUCCUUAGUUGCCCUGGCUGUGUGUUUCGGGUCGUUGUCAUGCUGGAAGACCCAGCCACGACCCAUCUUCAAUGCUCUUACUGAGGGAAGGAGGUUGUUGGCCAAGAUCUCGCGAUACAUGGCCCCAUCCAUCCUCCCCUCAAUACGGUGCAGUCAUCCUGUCCCCUUUGCAGAAGAGCAUCCCCAAAGAAUGAUGUUUCCACCUCCAUGCUUCACGGUUGGGAUGGUGUUAUUGGGGUUGUACUCAUCCUUCUUCUUCCUCCAAACACGGCGAGUGGAGUUUAGACCAAAAAGCUCUAUUUUUGUCUCAUCAGACCACAUGACCUUCUCCCAUUCCUCCUCUGGAUCAUCCAGAUGGUCAUUGGCAAACUUCAGAUGGGCCUGGACAUGCGCUAGCUUGAGCAGGGGGACCUUGCGUGCGCUGCAGGAUUUUAAUCCAUGACGGCGUAGUGUGUUACUAAUGGUUUUCUUUGAGACUGUGGUCCCAGCUCUCUUCAGGUCAUUGACCAGGUCCUGCCGUGUUGUUCUUGGCUGAUCCCUCACCUUCCUCAUGAUCAUUGAUGCCCCACGAGGUGAGAUCUUGCAUGGAGCCCCAGACCGAGGGUGAUUGACCGUCAUCUUGAACUUCUUCCAUUUUCUAAUAAUUGCGCCAACAGUUGUUGCCUUCUCACCAAGCUGUCCUGUAGCCUAUCCCAGCCUUGUGCAGGUCUACAAUUUUAUCCCUGAUGUCCUUACAAAGCUCUCUGGUCUUGGCCAUUGUGGAGAGGUUGGAGUCUGUUUGAUUGAGUGUGUGAACAGGUGUCUUUUAUACAGGUAACGAGUUCAAACAGGUGCAGUUAAUACAGGUAAUGAGUGGAGAACAGGAGGGCUUUUUAAAGAAAAACUAACAGGUCUGUGAGAGCCGGAAUUCUUACUGGUUGGUAGGUGAUCAAAUAAUUAUGUCAUGCAAUAAAAUGCAAAUUAAUUACUUAAAAAUCAUACAAUGUGAUUUUCUGGAUUUUUGUUUUAGAUUCCGUCUCUCACAGUUGAAGUGUACCUAUGAUAAAAAUUACAGACCUCUACAUGCUUUGUAAGUAGGAAAACCUGCAAAAUCGGCAGUGUAUCAUAUACUUGUUCUCCCCACUGUAUAUAUAUAUAUAUAUAUAUAUAAAUAAAGGGAACACUUAAACAACACAAUGUAACUCCAAGUCAAUCACACUUCUGUGAAAUCAAACUGUCCACUUAGGAAGCAACACUGAUUGACAAUAAAUUUCACAUGCUGUUGUGCAAAUGGUAAAGACAACAGGUGGAAAUUAUAGGCAGUUAGCAAGACACCCCCAAUAAAGGACUGGUUUUGCAGGUGGUGACCACAGACCACUUCUCAGUUCCUAUGCUUCCUGGCUGAUGUUUUGGUAACUUUUGAAUGCUGGCGGUGCUUUCACUCUAGUGGUAACAUGAGACGGACUCUACAACCCACACAAGUGGCUCAGGUAGUGCAGCUCAUCCAGGAUGGCACAUCAAUGCGAGCUGUGGCAAGAAGGUUUGCUGUGUCUGUCAGCGUAGUGUCCAGAGCAUGGAGGCGCUACCAGGAGACAGGCCAGUACAUCAUGAGACAUGGAGGAGGCCGUAGGAGGGCAAUAACCCAGCAGCAGGACUGCUACCUCCGCCUUUGUGCAAGGAGGAGCAGGAGGAGCACUGCCAGAGCCCUGCAAAAUGACCUCAAGCAGGCCACAAAUGUGCAUGUGUCUGCUCAAACGGUCAGAAACAGACUCCAUGAGGGUGGUAUGAGGGCCCGACGUCCACAGGUGGGGGUUGUGCUUACAGCCCAACACCGUGCAGGACGUUUGUCAAAAUUCCCUGUCUUAGGUCAGUUAGGAUCACCACUUUAUUUUAAGAAUGUGAAAUGUCAGACUAAUAGUAGAGAGAAUGAUUUAUUUCAGCUUUUAUUUCUUUCAUCACAUUCCCAGUGGGUCAGAAGUUUACAUACACUCAAUUAGUAUUUGAUAGCAUUGCCUUUAAAUUGUUUAACUUGGGUCAAACGUUUCGGGUAGUCUUCCACAAGCUUCCCACAAUAAGUUGGGUGAAUUUUGGCCCAUUCCUCCUUGAUUGUAGGCCUCCUUGCUCGCACACACUUUUACAGUUCUGCCCACUAAUGUUCUAUAGGAUUGAGGUCAGGGCUUGUGAUGGCCACUCCAAUACCUUGACUUUGUUGGCCUUAAGCCAUUUUGCCACAACUUUGGAAGUAUGCUUGGGGUCAUUGUCCAUUUGGAAGACCCAUUUGCGACCAAGCCUUAACUUCCUGACUGAUGUCUUGAGAUGUUGCUUCAAUAUAUCCACAUAAUUUUCCUUCCUCAUGAUGCCAUCUAUUUUUUGAAGUGCACCAGUCCCUCCCCCCAAUUUCAUGACUACCCCAUGAAGCUGGUUGAGAGAAUGCCAAGAGUGUCAUCAAGGCAAAGGGUGGCUACUUUGAAGAAUCUAAAAUCUAAAAUAUAUUUUGAUUUGUUUAACACUUUUUUUUGGGGUUACUACAUGAUUCCAUAUGUGUUAUUUCAUAGUUUUGAUGUCUUCGCUAUUAUUCUACAAUGUAGAAAAUAGUAAAAAUAAAGAAAAACCCUUGAAUGAGUAGGUGUGUCCAAACUUUUGACUGGUACUGUAAAUUGGCUUAAAAAUCUAAGGCAACAACCAACUUGACAGAGCUUGAGGAAAUUUAAAAAGAAUAAUGGGCAAAUAUUUUUUCAGUCCAGGUGUGCAAAGCUCUAAGAGACUUACCCAGAAAGACUGACAGCUGUAAGCGCUGCCAAACUAACAUGGAUUGACUCAGGGGCUUGAAUAAUUAUCGAAUCAAAAAUAUAUUAGUAUUUUAUUUUCAAUAAAAUAAAAUACAAGUUCAAAUUUUUCUUCCACUUUGACAGAGUAUUUUGUGUUGAUCCUUGACAAUGUAUAUUUAAACAAAUAAAUAAUAAUCUCCCCCCAAUUUCUAUCUUGUUUCAUUGCUGCAACUCCCCAACGCACGCGGGAGGCGAAGGUCGGGUCAUGCGUCCUCCGAAACAUGACCCGUCAAACCGCACUUCUCAAUACCCGCCCGCUUAACCCGGAAGCCAGCUGCACCAAUGUGUCGGAGGAAACACUGUUCAACUGAAAACCGAGGUCAGCCUGCAGGCGCCCGGCCCUCCACAAGGAGUCGCUAGAGCGGGAUGAGCCAAGUAAACCCUCCCCUAACCCGGACGACGCUGGGCCAAUUGUGCACCGCCCUAUGGGACUCCUGAUCACGGCCGGUUGUGAUACAGCCCGGGAUCAAACCCGGGUCUGUAGUGACGCCUCUAGCACUGCGAUGCAGUGCCUUAGACCGCUGCGCCACUCGGGAGGCCCUUGACAAUUGUUUUUACAAUAAAAUCAUGUAAAAAAUCUGUUUCUCAUUUAUUUAGCUUACCAUUGCUCACUCUAGAUGUUAUAAAUCCAGUUAAGUUUUCUUAAUCAUAAUUCGAUAAUUCCCUUUUCCCUUCUUCCUCCCCCCAUCCAGCUCUUGUCUUUCAGUUCCCCACAACCCCUCUCCGACCAAACACCAUACCCCACAAGCAAGGAUGAAGAAGACAAUUCCCCUACACCCUCCCAGCCUGUCUUGCUGCAGCGCCAAGACUCGGGCGCCCGCAGCAGCAUUAAGGGUAUCCUCAAAAAGAGUCGUUCCACUAGUGUCGAGUCAGACUACAGCGAGGGAGGGGCCCCUGAAAGCACCCCCACCACCGGGGUGGUCCGACAAACCAGCGUCACCCUGAGCCACCCCGAGAGCGACGAGGAAGAGGAGGAGGAGAAAGAGGAGGUGGAAGAAGAGGAGGAUGAGGUGUGUUUUCUUACCUCUUAUUAUGUAAAACAGUUUGAGUAUCUGAAUUUAUAUACAUCUCUAUAUAAUUUCCAUUGAACAUGCGUUUUAGUCUAGGACUGGGCUCAAUCUGUGCCUGGGAAAUUGGCCCUAUGUAAUAUAGUCUCCACACUAGUUUCCCACUAUGAGCAUCUGGAAUUGAUAAAUCGCCCUUAGUCAGUUAAAAUUGCAAGAUCAAAUUGUUCCGAUGAUAAUACCCACCAGAGGGCGAAAUCGUCUUGGAAAAGUUGGUUGCAAUCAGGACUAAAAGAUAACCCCGACAUUCACUUUAUGGCGCGGUAAACCGGUGACUGAUGAUGGUUGCAAUUAAGAUCAGCUGUGCGGGUGAUUUUAGCUUGUGUUGAUGGUUUAACGAGAGAUCAGCCCAAUCAAUAAUGAUUGUUAUUAUUACAGGAAGAUGAGACGAUAGUGGACGAUAGCCCUGACGGAGGGUGUUUCAGUACCCCCCGGAUGCAGAGGGGCAAUGGGCGUGGUGGUAGCAGUAGUUCAGGGGAGGACCUCCAGAGCCGGACCCCCUCUCCAGACGAGAGCCUGGGGGAGGAAGAGAUGGAGAAGAUGUCGUCGGUGGACACGGAAGAUGGAGAAGAUCAGGAUGUGGAUAGCAGUCUGGACAGCAGUGUGGGGUCAUCCCUGAAAGAGAGGUACAGUAGGGGAAGUUUAAAUGCAUGCACGCACACACGCAGACACUCACAUACGUGUUCAUUUUGUAGACAUCGCCUACCUAUCAUAAAACAAAUGACUGAUACAGGUCUGCGCACUUCAUACGUAGACAUUUAGAGCACACCUACCUACAGUGUCUUUUGUAUAAACAUACUGUAAAAUGCAUAUUCUAUGAUAUUGUAUAAAUACAAUAUGUAUACUUACAAUUCAGAUGGAGUCUUUCACACUUUGUGUGUUACUCUGUUUGAAAUAUAGCCUAUAAAUUACAUGUGACUGUCUUGGCUAGUAAGGCCUACAUUUACUGACCUCCUCUCCUUCUCCCAGGUUGGCUGAGUUGAACAGUGGCGAGGAGGAGUGGAAGGCCAAGCUGAAGAAGCCCAAGGAUCUGGUGCAGAAGUCCCUGGCUGACCGUUUCAACCAGCUCCAGGACUCUGGAGAUGCCUGGAAGAAGAAGGUAAGCUUGGGCCUCUGUGACUGGAGCUGUUUGUUGGGCUAGGAUUGAGGCUCGAUUUGGGGAUUGACGGAGGGAUGGAGAAACUCUGGGUCGGACAAGGUUAAUGACUGGAGGCCUCUGAAGCCUGGGCCUCUGGUAGUGAUCGCGACCCAGGAAAUGUGACCUGUCUGUAAAGACUGAGGCUCGGUCUGGGUUUUGUGGUGGAAAUGUGCUGAAAGCUUGUUUUCCUGUGUGUGGUGCAAAGAAGAGUAGGGUGGGGAAGACGAGGAAGACGGGGGGAGUGUAGUAGGGUGGGGAGGAGGAUGAGGAAAGGGUAAGUGUGGCUGAGGUGGGGAGGGGGAGUGUGGUGGGAUGGGUGGGGAGGAGAUGUGAUGUGGGGAGGGAGAUUUGGGAGUGGCGGGCGUUGAUCCCAAAUCCAGGGCUUAGCCAUGCAGCCUCCCAGAGAGAGAGACACUCGUAAAAAUAAAAUACCACGCAGCACAGGGUGUUUCCUGUGGCUCUCCUCUCCUCCCACGAGCUGGUCUCUACUUCCUGUUCUCUCUCCCUUUAUUUGUCUUUCUCACUUUCUCUCCUACACAUACAUAUACACCCUCUCCCUGUCUCUCACUCAUAGAAAUAAGAAAUGAAAGUUCUCUCUGUACUUUUCUGUGCUACACACACACUCUCUCUAUCUCUCACACACAUAGAGACAAGUAUAAUUUCCUGCUCAUACUAAAAUAUGUUCAGUCUCUCCAUCCGCUCUCAUUCAUACACUCUUUUUCCAUCUCUCUCUCUUUCACUCACACCAAACUCCCUUACCUAAUCAAUCUCUCUGUCUCUACCUCCCUCUACAUCUCAUGUGCACUCUCUCCAUUUUGUUUUCCAACUCUAAAUGCAUCAUCAUUUUACUCAUUAAAUGACUUUGUAUAUGGCACAUAUUUGUGGAACUCUUCACAAAUCCCCAGAACAUUCAGUAGGACACUAGAAAUUAUGUCAUCUUUAUUCAUAUGGAUGGACCAUCUUUCUAGGCUUCAACAUGACACACAAGCCUCGAUGGGUUUACUGGUUGUGGUGAAGCUUCCAUCCAAGAGUAGCCGCCAACUUCCCUAUAAAUCCACUCUUAGCCUGAAAAGCGCAUCUCAAGUGUUCACCGAGAGCGAAAGCAUUCUCAACAUAAAACCCCGAAACAUUCAAUUGGGCUCCAGAAAUGAUGUAAUCUUCCUUUAUACAGACGGUCCCUUAACUAUUUUUAUAUCAACUUUAUUUAACCAUGCAGUUCCAUUAAGGUCAGAAUACCUAUUUCCCAAGGGAGACCGGACUGUUAAUCCAAUUUAUGUCUAUAAUUUGUGGAUAAAUCCACAGUUAACCUGAAAAGUGCAUUUGAGGCAUUCACAGACAGCCCAGCAACGUCCCAGGAAAAAAUUGGCUGCAAAGCUUCCAAUAUGCCUGUGGAUUCCUUCCUUUAAUCCAUCUGAGGUCAUUACUGGUGAAUUGGACUGGAACCCAUCAUGAUGCAGCUGUCAGCACUGCAGAGAGAGAGAGAGGGAGCACACGUUUAUAAGGAGGCUAGCUCCCACCAGAGCCAAGGUUUGGAAUGUGUAUGGCGACCAUAUUGACACCACAAUUAAGAGGUAAGCAUGCCAAUUAGAAUUUGGUGCCAACAUGGAGGAUAGUUUGACAAAUUGUGUGUUAAUGGCUCUGGCUCUGGCUCUGGUUUGGUGGUGCUCCUGAUAUUGGAAUGUGGAGGUCUGGAGGGUGCCAGUGUUUCCCCUAAUAUAGUCGUCCCCCCGUCCCCCCCGCCACCUGAAAGAGUUUGGCUUCCAUUGGUAUCAAUUGAUCAUUUUGAUAACAAAUUUGACCCCGAAUGAAACAGCAUGAAAACUGUCAAGAGAGCUAGGAGGGGGGAAAUUAAGUGUAUUCAAUCAAUAAUCAAUUCAGUCAUUAUUCCAGAUACUGUCAUUUUUUACUCUAGGUAGCACCUUUGGUUUUCCAGGCACACGUUUAGGAAAAACAGGAACUCUCCUCUGAGUCACUGUGUAACCGAGCUGGAACAGAUGUUGCUCUUUCGUCGUCGUCGUCAGGAGAACGGGGCAUGGCACAUACACCGCCGCCACCUUCUCUCAGAAGCUACAGAUGUUUCCUGUUAGGGCAGCAUUUUCCACUCUGGUGUCAUUUUUUUAUUUGAAAUGCUAUUGGCUGUCACUUAUUAGUGUACUCUACAUGCAAAGUUCUAAUGUCAUUCAGUGGAGUAAGCUUUCGUAGCUAAAAUGCUAGUUCUCAUAUUGAAUCCCAAUGUGACUUGUUGCUGGGUUAAUACUUGACCAGAGCUUUGCAGAAUUCAGUGUUCCGAAUACUUUUGUGUAGAUAAGAUGGGUACUCCAGCCUUGCUAUGUUCCCCUCUACCUAAAAAUAAUUUGACCUAAAUUGGUGACAUUGAAAUGUUAUGUUAAAGAGGUCCUGGAUGUUGAUUUUAUGGGUGCUUUGCGGUGCCCUGCCUGGAAAAUAAUCUAGCUAGGGGAAACACUGGCUAAUCCUUUUAUAUUUUUUUACAUCAACAAAGACAACAAAGCUUAUGAAAUUCAUUCUCACCUCUCCCAACGUGUAGUAAACCUGUGCAAGUCACGCUCCAACUUUCCCCUCUUGACUCGCCAGUAACUGGAGGUCUGCCUGACAUCUGUCGACUAGGCUAUAGACGGAUUGGUUGUUUAGCAACAAAACUGAUGUGUGCACAACUAUGGGCAAAACAGAUGUGGUUGGCUUAGAUUGUUGAUAACAUGUCAACUAUAUUUCGUCUCCAAUGUUUAUUGAAAACAUACAUUUGCACACUGAGCACUCUCUCUCAAAAACAUUGUUACAGUUGUUGGUUAGCUUGCUAGCAAAUUGUAGCCAUAUUAGCAUAGACAUGGUAUCAAGAACAAGAUCAAAUGAGCUGAAACAAGCCACUUUCGAUUCACCACAUGGCAGGUUCUUGUCAUUGUUGGUAGCUGGCCAUCCAGAAUCAUAAUAACACACAGCUUCUACCCCUUUGAAGUGCGUGCAUCGUUUUCGUGACGUUGUCUGUCAGCUAACCCAUCUAUAACAGCCCUAGAGUGAAAAACAUAAAUGUAAUGACAUUUAGUACUCACAGGUUGCCUCCAGUGCCAUAACAAUGAGCUCACCGCAACGAUGUAACCCCCCGCCCCCGCCCACUCCCACCUGCCUGGGCUUGGGAUUGGUUGAUUUGGAGGAACAGUCUUGUCUGUGGAGAUCAAAAACUUGCAGGUUGAAAGACGAGGGCCAUAUGCUAGGUCUGCAAGGGUCGAGUCUGUCUUACAAGUCAUCUGUUGUGUGUAGAUUCUGUUAUAUUCGUUGGGAGAACCUGGGUAACCAUUUACUUAAAGCCUGCAGGUAUUAUGCAGUUAUAAUGCAUUGUAGUACUGUCACGCCAUACACAACCCUCUUACUCAUACUGAUCCUGACUAAAUACCACACAUUUUGAGUCUUGAAAUGCUGAUACAUAGGGACUUAAAAUAUUAUAAGUGUUAUUAUGAGAUUUUAUAAAGACAUGCAUACAUACUUAUAACAAGUUAUAAAGCAUUAUACCUGCAGGCUUACUAAAGUGUUACCAAAGCCUGCAGGCCUCAAUCCCAAAUGGGAAAGAUGGGCACCAUCUAAUUUUACAUUUUAGUCAUUUAGCAGACGCUCUUAUCCAGAGCGACUUACAUUUAGUGAGUGCAUACAUUUUCAUACUGGCCCCCCGUGGGAAUCAAACCCACAAUCCUGGCGUUGCAAGCGCCAUGCUCUACCAACUGAGCUACACAGGGCCUCAUCUAAUCAAGUAUCCCCCUCUUCUCACUGAAUAGGUCCACCUUUUCACCUCCCUCUCUACUUUCCCCUCUCUCUUCCCACAUUCCCUCAUAGGUUGGGAAUGACUCCUGUUGCUUCUCUGCAUGGUCUCAAAUCCCAAUUUCCUCCCAGUCCAGCUGUGGUCUUGCCGGAUAUUAAGGAUGACCCCCCCCCCUCUCCUCUCCUCUCCCCCCUCUCCCCUCUUCCUCCCCUGCUUCCACCUCAUGACCUUUUCCUCAUCUCUGCAUGAGACCCUGCCUUUUCUGUCAACCCUACACACUACUCAGGUGAGUUAGUAGGCGCGUCUGUGUGUGUGUCUAAUGUCUCUCUGUGUGUGUGUACACGCCUAGUGGGUGUGUGUGUGCGCGCUUGUAUGUACAUCUCAAUGCCUGUGUGUGUGUUUGUAUGGGCACCUCCAAUGUGUGUGCGCGUCUAAUGUCUCUGUGUGUGUGCGCCUAGUGUGUGUGUGUGUGCGACCGAGCGCUUGUAUGUACGUCUGUGUCUGGGUUUGUAUGUGCACCUCGUGUGUGUGUGUGUGUGUGUGUGUGUGUGUGUGUGUGUGUGUGUGUGUGUGUAGCGGUGUAUAGUAAGUAGGGCGAUAUGCCCAAAAUAGCAUAUCAAAAUAUUUUUUUUACUUUUGACUGUAUGAUGGUAUUUGAAGGUAUGUUGACAAUACGUUUUCAAAUUAUACAAUUUCUAGGGUGGCAACACAUACACUACCGUUCAAAAGUUUGGGGUCACUUAGAAAUGUCCUUGUUUUCGAAAGAAAAGCUAUUUUCUUGUCCAUUAAAAUAACAUCAAAUUGAUCAGAAAUAAUGUGUAGACAUUGUUAAUAUUGGAAAUACUAUUGUAGCUGGAAACGGCUGAUUUCUUUAUGGAAUAUCUACAUAGCCGUACAGGGGCCCAUUAUCAGCAACCAUCAGUCCUGUGUUCCAAUGGCACGUUGUGUUUGCUAAUCCAAGUUUAUCAUUUUAAAAGGCUAAUUGAUCAUUACAAAACCAUUUUGCAAUUAUGUUAGCACAGCUGAAAACAGUUUUUCUGAUUAAAGAAGCAGUAAACCUGGCCUUCUUGAGACUAGUUGAGUAUCUGGACCAUCAGCAAUUGUGGGUUCGAUUACUGACUCAAAAUGGCCAGAAACAAAGAAUUUUCUUCUGAAACUCGUCAGUCUAUUCUUGUUCUGAGAAAUGAAGGCUAUUCUAUGCGAGAAAUUGCCAAUAAACUGUGUACUACUCCCUUCACAGAACAGCGCAAACUGGCUCUAACCAGAAUAGAAAGAGGAGUGGGAGGCCCCGGUGCACAACUGAGCAAGAGGAUAAAUACAUUAGUGUCUAGCUUCAUUAAAUAGUACCUGCAAAACACCAGUCUCAACGUCAACAGUGAAGAGGCGACUCCGGGAUGCUGACCUUCUAGGCAGAGUUGCAAAGAAAAAGCCAUAUCUCAGACUGGCCAAUAAAAAGAAAAUAUUAAGAUGGGCAAAAGAACACAGACACUGGACAGAGGAAGAUUGGAAAAAAGUGUUAUGGACAGACUAAUUGAAGUUUGAGGUGUUCGGAUCACAAAGAAGAACAUUUGUGAGACGCAAACUAAAUGUAAAGAUGCUGGAGGAGUGCUUGAUACCAUCUGUCAAGCAUGGUGGAGGCAAUGUGAUGGUCUGGGGGUGCUUUGGUGGUGUUAAAGUGGGAGAUUUGUAUAGGGUAAAAGGGAUCUUGAAGAAGGAAGGCUAUCACUCCAUUUUGCAACGCCAUGCCAUACCCUGUGGACGGCGCUUGAUUGGAGCCAAUUUCCUCCUACAACAGGACAAUGACCCAAAGCACAGCUCCAAACUAUGCAAUAACUAUUUAGGGAAGAAGCAGUCAGCUGGUAUUCUGUCUAUAAUAGAGUGGCCAGCACAGUCACCGGAUCUCAACCCUAUUGAGCUGUUGUGGGAGCAGCUUGACCGUAUGGUACGUAAGAAGUGCCCAUCAAGCCAAUCCAACUUGUGGGAGGUGCUUCAGGAAGCAUGGGGUGAAAUCGUCGUCCAGGGUAGGGGAGGGAAUGGCCGGCAGGGAUGUAGCUCAGUUGGUAGAGCAUGGCGUUUGCAACGCCAGGGUUGUGGGUUCGAUUCCCAUGGGGGGCCAGUAUGAAAAAUAUAAUGUAUGCACUCACUAACUGUAAGUCGCUCUGGAUAAGAGUGUCUGCUAAAUUACUAAAAUGUAAAAUGUUUCCUGUGGGUCUCAGUCGCUGGGGUCCUGUAUGGGCAAGGUAUUUGCCCUUACUGAUCGACUCCAGAGUUGUGCUGUGGGGCUGGGUUAAGGGGUACUGAUGGGUGUGUAGUGUGUAUUUUUGCAACCCAAAGCUGGGUUGUGUGGUACUGCAGAGUGUAGUGUGUGUAUUUGGGUGUGUUUAACCAACAACGUGCUAUGUACGUACCCCUAUUUGUGCCCCUAUGCAGUGAGUAUUUUGUAAGCCAAAGCAUGGGCAUGGCUUUGUGUGCAGUCAGUGUGUUUAUUUUGUAUUUGUGUGUAUGUAGCCCUUUCCUGCAGUCAAAUGACCUCAUGGCCUCAUGGGUGGAAUGGUAUUAAUAUGUUUAAUAAUUUCAUAAUUAAUAAACAUUAUUAUUUUUUUAAACGCCGUAAAUCCAGUGUUAAAAUGUCAAACGGUGUUGUUAUAUUUCAGUCUUCUGUGAUGUAUAUAAAGUGUAAUAUUGGGAUGCAAACUCAAUGUUAUACAUUUCAACUCUACAUCUGACAUGGUACAGGUGUCUUCUUUUUUUUAUGCCCAUAACCUUGUGUGUGAGGUAUAUACUUUUAUUUCAAAGUACACUAUAUAUACAAAAGUAUGUGGACACCCCUUCAAAUGAGUGGAUUAGGCUAUUUCAGCCACAACCGUUGCUGACAGGUGUAUAGAAUCAAGCACACAGCCAUGCAAUCUCCAUAGACAAACAUUGGCAGUAGAAUGGCCUUACUGAAGAGCUCAGUGACUUUCAACGUGGCACCGUCAUAGGAUGCCAUCUUUCCAACAAGUCAGUUCGUUAAAUGUAUGCCCUGCUAGAGCUGCCCCGGUCAACUGUAAGUGCUGUUAUUGUGAAGUGGAAACUUCUAGGAAAAAUCAACGGCUCAGCCGCGAAGUGGUAGGCCACACAAGCUCAAAGAACGGGACCGCCGAGUGCUGAAGCGGGUAGCGCGUAACAAUCGUCUGUCCUCGGUUGCAACACUCACUACAGAGUUACAAACUGCCUCUGUAAACAACAUCAGCACAAUAACUGUUCGUUGGGAUCUUCAUGAAAUGAGUUUCCAUUGUCGAGCAGCCGCGCACAUGCCUAAGAUCUCCAUGUGCAAUGCCAAGCGUCGGCUGGAGUGGUGUAAAGCUCACCGCCAUUGGACUCUGGAGCAGUGGAAACGCGUUCUCUGGAGUGAUGAAUCACGCUUCACCGUCUGGCAGUCCGACAGACGAAUUUGUGUUUGGCGGAUGCCAGGAGAACGCUACCUGCCCGAAUGCAUAGUGCCAACUGUAAAGUUUGGUAGAGGAGGAAUAAUGGUCUGGGGCUGUUUUUCAUGGUUCGGGCUAGGCCCCUUAGUUCCAGUGAAGGGAAAUCUUAAUGAUACAGCAUACAAUGACAUUCUAGACGAUUCUGUGCUUCCAACUUUGUGGCAACAGUUUGGGGAAGGCCCUUUCCUGUUUCAGCAUUACAAUGCCCCGUGCACAAAGUGAGGUCCAAACAGAAAUGGUUUGUGGAAGAACUUGACUGGCCUGCACAGAGCCCUGACCUCAACCCCAUCGAAAACCUUUGGGAUGAAUUGGAACGCCGACUGUGAGCCAGGCCUAAUCGCCCAACAUCAGUGCCCGACCUCACUAAUCCUCUUAUGGCUGAAUGGAAGCAAGUCCUCGCAGCAAUGUUCCAACAUCUAGUGGAAAGCCUUCCCAGAAGAGUGGAGGCUGUUAUAGAAGCAAAGGGGGAACCAACUCCAUAUUAAUGCCCAUGAUUUUUGACGAGCAGGUGUCCACAUAAUUUUGAUCAUGUAGUAGAUUUUGUUUAAGACUACACUCUGUGUGACCCUGAUUUUGCCCACUGCAGUAAAUUAACCAACAAUAUGGUACUGUGUAGCCCUUUACAGUUACAGUAUUUCAAAGCAAAUUGUGUGUAUGAGUGUGUAUAGAGCUUCAUGCCAUGCGUUUGCAUACCUCUGCAUGUAAAAUAUGGGUGAUUCCAUGGGAAAGUCAACAUAAGCAUGUACCAAUAAAGUUAAUAAAUUUCCAAAUGAAACCACGUUCAUAAUUAUCCUCAAUAUGUUGGAGUUCAGGCUUUAUUUGAUCAGUUAAAGUAGGAAAUUGCAUGGAUUUUGAACAUUACAGAGUAGUAGACCAACUCUCAAAUAAGGCUUUUCAGUCUAUCAUAUUUCAAGAGUUUUAGAGCAGGCUCACAGAGCUUGUAUUUCCACUCACAGCUGUCCCCCCAUGGCAAUGUGUAGAAUAGCAGGAAAAUAUUUUAAAACGGGCGGGGGCACUUGCUCAGAUCUUUACACACAUGUGUUUGUGUGUAAAAAAAAAAAAAAAACUAAUAAUGAAAUGUUAAAAUACCUAUCACAUUACACAUUCAGUAAUGACAGCAUUUGUUUUCCAAACUGUAUGUUUUAUUGCAUAAUUUGUAGUUUGUAAUUUGCGAAAGGCAAACUGACAGCCACAACCAACCAUAGACAUAUAAUACAUAGAUGGCAGUUCCCAUUCAAGUCAAGACUGGCAGCCAUUGCUAUAGUGUACCUUACAUUUACGUCAUUUAGCAGACACUCUCUUAUCCAGAGCGACUUACAAAUUGGUGCAUUCAACUUAUGAUAGCCAGUGGGACAACCACUAUUUUUUUUUUGGGGGGGUAGAAGGAUUACUUUGAUACUAUUCCAGGUAUUCCUUAAAUAGGUAGGGUUUCAAGUGUCUCCGGAAGGUGGUCAGUGACUCCGCUGUCCUGGCGUCGUGGGGGAGCUUGUUCCACCAUUGGGGUGCCAGAGCAGCGAAUAGCUUUGACUGGGCUGAGUGGGAACUGUGCUUCUGUAGAGGUAGGGGGGCUAGCAGGCCAGAGGUGGAUGAACGUAGUGCCCUCGUUUGGGUGUAGGGUCUGAUAAGAGCCUGAAGGUAAGGAGGUGCCGUUCCCCUCACAGCUCCGUAGGCAAGCACCAUGGCCUUGAGUUUAACAGUUACAUUUCCAAGGUUAGAGGUUCCAAAACCAAAAACCUGUGCAACAAGCUGUUCCCCAGAUAGAAGGAGUGAUAGGAGUGGGAAAAAGGUGCUUGUGCAUUGAUAAGAACACCAAAGACUGUAUUAACAAUAAUAAAGUAAAGAUGCCACUUUUAAAAUCCUAUUUCUGUUUUGAUUUCGGUACAAAUGAAAAUAUGGCACUGACUCGCCCAUGGAUUAAUGUUUCAGCACUUUCUCAAUGAAGUGUUCAGCAUUCGAUUAGCCAUGUGCGACAUGCACAAGCAGUUACAAGCCUGCUAUCAGCUGGUGGACAAACAAUAUCCACUGUUGUAGUACGGAUGAAACCUGACCUUGAAUGUGAAGCUGAAGCUGUCUAGCUUUAUAAAAGCCUGAGUAGAUCUAGCUUGCUUCGUAGUAUACCACUCUGGAGUGUCUUUUUCAAACAAAAGCCCUCCAAAAUAUACUGACUUCAUCCAGUGUCACGAAAAGUGGAUUGGCAGUAUAGGCACAUUAAUAUGGUCUCAUUUGCAUAUUUCAACAACAACAAAUUAUACACAAAUGUUUUAUUUGUCUACAUUCAACUGGUAAAGGCUAAUUUUGAUAUACACUACCAGUCAAGUUUGGACACACCUACAGUACUCAUUCCAGGGUUUUUCUUUAUUUUUACCAAAAAGGUGUUAAACGAAUCAAAAUAUAUUUGAGAUUCUUCAAAUAGCCACACUUUGCCUUCAUGACAGCUUUGCACAUUCUUGGCAUUCUCUCAACUAGCUUCACCUGGAAUGCUUUUCCAACAGUUUUGAGAGAGUUCCCACAUUUGCUGAGCACUUGUUGGCUGCUUUUCCUUCUCUCUGCGGUCCGACUCAUCCCAAACCAUCUCAAUUGGGUUGAGGUCGGGGGAUUGUGGAGGCCAGGUCAUCUGAUGCAGCACUCCAUCAGUCUCCUUACACAGCCUGGAGGUGUGUUGGGUCAUUGUCCUGUUGAAAAGUUAUACUCCCACUAAACCCAAACCAGAUGGGAUUUCAUAUCGCUGUAGAAUGCUGUGGUAGCCAUGUUGGUUAAGUGUGCCUUGAAUUCUAAAUAAAUCACAGACUGUGUCACCCGCAAAGCACCCCCACACCAUAACACCACCUCCUCCAUGCUUUACGGUGGGAACUAAACAUGCGGAUAUCAUCCCUUCACCCACACCGCAUAUCACAAAGACACAGCAGUUGGAACCAAAAAUCUCCAAUUUGGACUCCAGACCAAAGGACACAUUUCCACCGGUCUAAUGUCCACUGCUCGUGUUUCUUGGCCAAAGCAGAUCUCUUCUUAUUAUUGGUGUCCUUUAGUAGUGGUUUCUUAGCAGCAAUUCGACCAUGAAGGCCUGAUUCACACAGUGUCCUCUGAAAAGUUGAUGUUGAGAUGUGUCUGUUGCCAUAAUAUGGACUUGGUAUUUACCAAAUAGGGCUAUCUUCUGUAUACCCCCCCCCCCUCCCCUCCCCCCACACCUUGUCACAACACAACUGAUUGGCUCAAAUGCAUUAAGAAGGAGGAAAGAAAUUCCAUAAAUUAACUUUUAAGAAGGCACACCUGUUAAUUGAAAAGCAAUUGACUACCUCAUGAAGCUGAUUGAGAGAAUGCCAAUAGUGUGCAAAGCUGUCAUCAAGGCAAAGGGUGGCUAUUUGAAUAAUAUAUUUUCAUUUGUUUAACACUUUUUUGGUUACUACAUGAUUCCAUAUGUGAUAUUUCAUAGUUUUGAUGUCUUCACUAUUAUUCUACAAUGUAGAAAAUUUUAAAAAUAAAGAAAAACCCUGGAAUGAGUAGGUGUGUCCAAACUUUUGACGGGUACUGUAUAUAAUUUAUAUAUAAAGACAAAACAAUGACCUGUUAGUGUGUGGUGCCUGGUCUUGUAUAGUAUUCAGGCUACCUCUAUUUAUGCAAUCCUAAGGUACUAUGCCUUCUGCUCACAUUUUAAAAACAUUCCAAAUGACAACAAAUGUGUUAUGAUAGAUUUUGAUCAAGAAAUCUUUAAGAUUUGAAUGUCUAUUUCAGACCCUGUAACAUCCAUAACGGUCGUUUUUCCUCUCUAAAGUAAAAAUGGAAAUGACAAUCUUUUCGAAAUUAUUGUUUUUGUAAUCAACCAAGCCUUUCCUUCAAAAUGGCUAUCCAUGUUUUGACCCAAGACUUUCAAACUCAGACCUUUUCUAAUAUGUUCAGGUGUGGGUCUGUCGAGCGUGGAGACGUGAUGUUAUAUGGAGCCUUGGGGCCUGAAACCCUAUCUCUUUUAUGUCUGCAUAUAACACUUACUUAUACUCACAUAGACCGUUUAGCUGUCCGCUAAAGCUGAACUGUCUUAGUCAUUCUGUUCAUAUUUAUAUUUAUUAUAAUUCAAUGUAUAUAUAUCUUGCUCUAUUUCUAUGUAAUAUCAACUGUCUCAAUAAUCUAGAUUGGGACCAAUGCAUUACCUACAGUUGAAGUCGGAAGUUUACAUGCACUUAGGUUGAAGUCAUUAAAACUCGUUUUUCAACCACUCCACAAAUGUCUUGUUAACGAACUAUAGUUUUGGCAAGUCGGUUAGGACAUCUAUUUUGUGGAUGACACAAGUCAUUUUUACAACAAUUGUUUACAGACAGAUUAUUUCACUUAUAAUUCAUUGUAUCACAAUUCCAGUGGGGGUCAGAAGUUUACAUGAAAAUUAUGUCAUGGCUUUAGAAGCUUCUGAUAGGCUAAUUGACAUCAUUUGAGUCAAUUGGAGGUGUACCUGUGGAUGUAUUUCAAGGCCUACCUUAAAAUUCAGUGCCUCUUUGCUUGACAUCAUGGGAAAAUCUAAAGAAAUCAGCCAAGACCUCAGAAAAUAAUUGUAGACCUCCACAAGUCAGGUUCAUCCUUGGGAGCAAUUUCCAAACGCCUGAAGGUACAACGUUCAUCUGAACAAACCAUAGUAUGCAAGUAUAAACACCAUGGGACCACGCAGCCAUCAUACCGCUCAGGAAGGAGACGCGCUCUGUCUCCUAGAGAUGAACGUACUUUGGUGCGAAAAGUACAAAUCAAUCCCAGAACAACAGCAAUGGACCUUGUGAAGAUGCUGGAGGAAACAGGUACAAAAGUAUCUAUAUCCACAGUAAAACAAGUCCUAUAUCUACAUAACUUGAAAGGCCGCUCAGCAAGGAAGAAGCCACUGCUCCAAAACCGCCAUAAAAAAGCCAGACUAUGGUUUGCAACUGCACAUGGGGACAAAGAUCGUACUUUUUGGAGAAAUGUCCUCUGGUCGGAUUAAACAAAAAUAGAACUGUUUGGCCAUAAUGACCAUUGUUAUGUUUGGAGGAAAAAGGGGGUCAGCUUGCAAGCCGAAGAACACCAUCCCAACCGUGAAGCACGGGGGUGGCAGCAUCAUGCUGUGGGGGUGCUUUGCUGCAGGAGGGACUGGUGCUCUUCACAAAAUAGAUGGCAUCAUGAAGAAGGAAAAUUAUGUGGAUAUAUUGAAGCAACAUCUCAAGACCUCAGUCAGGAAGUUAAAGCUUGGUCGCAAAUGGGUAUUCCAAAUGGACAAUGACCCCAAGCAUACUUCCAAAGUUGUGGCAAAAUGGCUUAAGGACAACAAAGUCAAGGUAUUGGAGUGGCCAUCACAAAGCCCUGACCUCAAUCCUAUAGAAAAUGUGUGGGCAGAACUGAAAAAGUGUUUGCGAGCAAGGAGGCCUACAAACCUGACUCAUUUACACCAGCUCUGUCAGGAGGAAUGGGCCAAAAUUCACCCAACUUAUUGUGGGAAGCUUGUGGAAGGUUUGACCCAAGUUAAACAAUUUAAAGGCAAUGCUACCAAAUACUAAUUGAGUGUAUGUAAACUUCUGACCCACUGGGAAUGUGAUGAAAGAAAUAAAAGCUUAAAUAAAUCAUUCUCUCUACUAUUAUUCUGACCUUUCACAUUCUUAAAAUAAAGUGCUGAUCCUAACUGACCUAAGACAGGGAAUUUUUACUAGGAUUAAAUGUCAGGAAUUGCGAAAAACUGAGUUUAAAUGUAUUUGGCUAAGGUGUAUGUAAACUUUCAACUUCAACUGUAUCUACCUUACUCCAGUUUCCUGGACACAUUAAGCCUAGUCCUGGACUAAGCAACAUGCUCAAAAGGGGAAUCUGUGUCUGGGAUGCCGGCCCUAUGUGUUUAGGUUGGUACUCUAUUGUUGAAUGUAUCAGUGAGUCAGUAGGCUUAGUUACUUCCUAGUUGUCAGCUUAACAAAAACUCAUGCAGACUUUGACAGGCCAGGUGGUUCUAGGAGUAGUCCUUUUGAUCUAUGUAUGUGAAACAGAUGAUUCCCUUCUCCGCGUGGCGCUAGGCAACAUUCCCUCGACGUUCAUUCAAUCAUUGUAGCCUGUUUUAUGUUUCACAAUUUUCACAAUUAGCGUUAACUCUCCCCAGAGUAAAUUAGCAAGAUGAAAUAUCACAUUGUUGUUCUUUUCUAAUGAGUAGACAACAAUUGCCAUUUUGAAACCAUGCAGUCUCCCGAAAGGGAGUGUUUCACAGCUCACACACACACCGUUGUACUGUACUCAGCCAUUGUAAAUCAAGCCAAGGCCAUAAAAUGCAUCACGUAUAUUUAGUGCUGGAAUAUAAUGAAUUACUGUGCAACAGCUCGUGGGACUGGUGCCUGGAAAAAUUCCACAGUAAUUCAUUUUAAUGGUGGAAUUUAGGUGCAGAAACAGCAGUGGCAAUGAAGGUUAGGAAUCAUGUUGGAAAUAAUAGAAGAGCGUUUGAUAAAAUUCAUGAGUACACAUUAGUUUUUCUACCGAUGGGGGAAAUGGGGUAGUGUAGCUCAUAAGUUUCCUUAAGACCAAUGUAGUUUCGGAAAUGUUCCAAUAUGUCUUUGUGCUCUGUUCCUCUUUGUCUCUCUCGCUGUCUCUCUCUCUCUAACCCCCCCCACCCCCUCUCUGUCUCUCUCGCUGUCUCUCUCUCUCUAACCCCCUCCCCACCCCCUCUCUGUCUCUCGCUGUCUCUCUCUCUCUAACCCCCACCCCCUCUCUGUCUCUCUCUUGCUCUCUCCCACACUCUUUGUCUCCAACGUUCAGCCGUAGAAAUAGCCCAAUAUUCUCACAAAAAUCCAGGUACGAUGCUGUAACACGUGUCAACACAUGCAUUUGUAAAGUAUGUCACGCUGCUUGCUUAGCGAGUGCCACUUCCUCCCGGUUCGGCCCAUUCCUGGCACGAACUCGGGACCUCUACCUUGCCAGCACACGUGACUGCCUUCCUGAAUCGUCUUACCAAUCGGCGCCACGCGAAAGGCUAGCUAUUCGCUGGCACAGGUCACACAUCCCCAUGUGCUACACAUUCAUUAGCCUAUUUCUAACCUGUAUCCCCUCUCCAUCCCUCUCUCCUUCCUCUCCCUUCCCACAUCAGAAGUCCAGUGCAGACGUGGAGACCAAGAUGUCCCUGGCGGACAGGAUGAAGAUCCUGCAGGAGAAGGAGGAGGCAUGGAAGAGCAGGGGGCGUGGCGCCGCCAACGACUCCACCCAGUUCACUGUGGCCGGGCGCAUGGCCAAGAGAGGUCCGAGUCAGACAUGCCCCCUUCUAUCAGACAAACCCCUUAUCACACCUAUUGCUCCAUACAAUGGGCAUGCUGCUCCACACACGCAGGCUGUUUUUAUAUGGGCUAAUCCAAUUGUAUGUGGAGUGUGCUUAGAAAAUGCAGCUUGGAAAUACUAUAUUUAAGAGUAUUUACUCACACUUCAUAUAAAUUGCAGAAGGCCACUUUGACGUCAAUAUGACCCCAGUGUUCUUUCCCAUCAGGUCUUGUGUCGGAGACUGGUAAAGAGGAGUCUCCCAUUUCCCACAUUAAGAAGUCCAGCGCCACGCCAGUCAAGCCACAUGAAGGUAUACUAUGUUCUCCUUUUGAUGAUUUGAUAGACUGUCUGGCCUAGUUUUGGAUGGUCAUAUGUAGUCUAAACAUUUUCAGUCAGAAUUUUCUGGGGCACUUAAGGGAUAGUGUGAAAUUUUGGCAAUUAAGCCGCCCUUUUUCUACUCGAGCCUAUUCUAUCUAGUGUUAGCGCAAUGACUGGAAGACUACCAGAAGCAUGGCAGGCUUAAGGGCAUAAUUGCCAAAAUCUCACACUAUCCCUUUAAACCUCUGCUUGCUAUUUGAAGUACCAUUUUCCUUGACUCCUAAACCUAGGAAACUAACCAUACAUCAAGUGACCUGUUGUCAAAAUGGCCGUCUGUAUGUUGUCAUCUCUUUCGCUGAGCAGAAAUCUCCACUCCGAGUGGCGUCAAGGUGGAAGGGGACAAGAGGCUGGACAAGUUAGAGUCCUUCCUGGACAAGCUCCACAGUAAAGGUAAAUCCCACACACUGACACUAUUCGGUUUCACCAUGGCCACAUUUUUUGUUAUGACACCUUUUAAAAAUAAAGCCACUAUCAGGUUUCUCCAUAGGCACACUUUUUGUCAUGACACCCUUUGCGCCAUAGAACCUUGAAAAUCGACAGACUCAACACACAAUUCCCAAUAAAUAAGAACGUUUCUCUCUCCUAUUGACUUCUGUCGGAAUCUUCCUCACACUCGUAGGAGUUACAGGAAGUAACUGGAAUUGCUUGUUGAAUUUCUCGAUGUUCAAACUUCUCUGACACAUUGGCUUGCAGGGCUAUAGCGCGAUAAUGGGUAAAUUGCUAAUGAAUCCAUAAUGUGUCAUACACAGGGGGUUUGUAGAAAACUAGACAGUGGUGGCCUUUUGAUCUACAGUGGUAAGAGUUCAGUCAAACUGGUUGAAUCCUGAAAGUUCUAAUUUCCUGCUUUCUGUUUCUUGCCAGGGCUGGGGCACAGCCGGACUUCCACCAUCGAGGUGACUGCCGAGACGGAGAAAGAGGUCAUGACCCUGGACGACGAGGAGACGUUUGGCCGCUUUUACAAGCCUGUGUCGCCCACUGCCCGAGGUGCCGGCGUUACUGCGCUGACCGAGGAGGACCUCAGCGACCUUCAAGCCGACACGCCAAAGUACGGUUCAGUCUGUCAAUGUAGCAAUCUGCAAACUGUAUGGGAAUCAGUCCUGUUAUGUUGAAUAUAGUUCUCAUGGGGAGAAUAAGUCAGGGAAUUCCACUGGUCAAUUUGAUUAGAUGAGUGUGCUGAUCUACUAGAGUAGUUGGUACUUGAGGUGAGAUUUGGAAACACUGUGUUAACAUAAAAAAAAUGUAGAUAGUAGUUUUAGUUUAGUCUUUUUUCCCCAGAUUCAUUUAGGCAAAUUGCUCUUCUUUAUUAAUUCCUACGAGCAUGACUAUACAGAACCUUCCAUGACUAUACAGAACCUUCCAUGCCAAUGUACUUUGAGAUGUACUGUACAAUUUCACUUGAUCAUUGUGGGGGCCAUAGGCAUUGAUUGAAGCUCAAUGUUAAAUGCAAAUCUCCCUACCAUCAUAUCUAAGCCAAUAUGACACCAAUCUUGAUGAAAAUUCGCAAAUCAACUUGAUUGGAGGUACACAACACACUCCCCGCCACUCGUCACGGCCGUUACCGAGAACCACCUACCGGAUUUUUAAAAAGGGUUGUUAGCAAUUGAUUUUUAAGACUAUUUCUUGCACCUACCUAGCUCAAAUUCUAAACGUCGGAUUAAAACGAGACUAUAGCGUCCUUAAAGUUACCAUUGGACUUUAAAAAAUGCCAGAUUUACCAAAUGUGUAGGUGCGCAGUUUUUAUAAAAUGUAUAAUUUAUCGCUCUCACAUGCACAUUUCCAUCCGUUAAGAAACAACAAUGUGCUACCUUUCUGUAGCAUUUAUGACAAUGCAAAAAAAAAAUAGCCGAAGCUUAGUUCUAUAACAUCGGGUCGGUUGCUCGGCAACAACACAGCUGCUUGCACCAUGCUGCCAGUCAUAAGAAGUGUAUGCGAACAAACCUAGGCUACUGUAUAUAGCUAGAAAUAUGGCGGUAUUCAAGCCGAGGUUAAUCAAUAAAUGCAAACAGGUAACUAGCUAAUGUUGAGUAGCUGAAGUUAGCUUGCUUGUACAAACUCCAGCAGCUAGCCUCUGUAGCUAGCUAACACCAGUCAGCUGAAAGCUAGCUAGCUAAUGAACAGGUAAAUAAAGGUAAACUAGCGAACGUCCUUGGCUGCUAUGAUAGCCAAUUAACUUUAGCUAGCUAAGUAAUCUUAGCCAACAUAAGAUUGUAACGUUAGCUAACAUGUAUGGCCAGUUCAUGCACCAAAAUAGCUCACAAUAGAGAUCUUACACAAAACAUAACUAGUUAGUUACGUUAAGUUUAAAAUCACCAAACUUUAGGAAACUGCCAUGCUACUCACGUUCAUUUGCAUUGCACAGACCAUAUUUCAGACAGGACAAACACUGCUGUUAUCUAUGCUACAUUUCCUCGAAGAACAACCAAGACCACACAAACCAUAGCCGAGAAAACGAAUUGUUUUGUUAAAAAACAGUAAGCUAGUUAUGAACCGCAUAUAGUUAAUGGUGGAACCCCAAACGCACACCUUAGUUGUGCAUGCUAGCAUCAAUUUACCAGACUCGACUGACAGCAUUACUGUUUCAAACAUGUAGAAUAAAUUCCAGCUCCGGCAUAAACUCUCUCUCCUGCUGUCUUGUCAUUAUUAUAAUCCACAUUUGUGCUUACUGAUCAACAGUGUCAAGUUACUUUUCAGUGUGUUCAAGUAAAAUCUGAAGUCGCCAUGCACAAGUGAAAAGUAGUCAGGGGGGUGCACGAGGGUAAAAUAACAACAUCAUAAUAACUCCUAACGCUAACCUUAACCCCUAGCCUAGUUAACAUUAGCCACCUAGCUAACGUUAGCAACAACAAAUUGGAAUUCGUCACACAAUACGUAUUGGAAAUUCAUAACAUAUUGUACGAAUUGAAAUUCAUAACAUAUCAUACGAAUUGCAAUUCAUAACGUGUCAUACAAAUUGUAAUAUGUAACAUAUCAUGCGAAAUAGAUUAUGGAAAGCCACAAAUUAAAACAUACCAUACAUAUCAUACGAAAUGUUAUGAGAUCAGGUUGCCGCACAGCCAGCCAGCAACGUGCAGUCAAAAGAAAAGGAAAUUAAUGCUACUUGAUUAAAUGUUUGUUUUCACCAAAUAAGUUAAAUAAACAUGCAAUUACGCUUCCAGACAUUUAAAUAGUAUGUUGAAGUCAUUUAUUAAGAAUUGUUGAAGUCAUUUAUUAAGAAUUUAUUAUGUAAUUGUUAGUGUUCCCGCUUGUGGAUUAGAACAUUGCAGGUUCGACUCCUGGAGGAGAUAUUUUGACCAUUCUUUCGUUAAACCUCUUAGAUGUAAAGUCCCCGGUUUAGUGGACCUGCGUGGUUCUGGUACCGGUUCCGACCAAUAUUUUCGCUUAUAAAUCGAUCUAUGGACACCGUACUCUCCUUCUCCGCUCUUCUUGGCAUUUUAAUCCACGUGUGUUCUUCUUCAGUGGGGUUUAUCAGUGGUUGGCAUCCAACGUUAUGGUGCAUUACCGCCAGAGACAGGGAGAAUCUAAAUCCUACCUACCAGCUGCUUUGCUCUUAAAAAAGAUAACAAAAUAUUUGACAUUAUGACGUUCUACUCAAUAUACUCUUUAAACUCAUUUGCUGUAUCCGCUUCUUCCUCAUACCAGAUCUCAUCCUCUCUCUUUCCCUGUGAUACUGCCCACACUGUAGCAAUACAUGCUCCAUGGUCUCUGUUUCCUGACAAUAAUCACACUUUCCUGUUGGAUGCUUUCCUAUCACAUUUAAUGUCUCAUUCAACUGACAGUGUCCCACCCUUAAUCUUAUAAAAAUAGCCUCCUCUCUUCUGUCCCUUCCUGCCGUCCUCCCCGACUUUCCUCUGUACUUGAAAUAAAUGCCUUCCCUUAUUAUCUCUAUUCCUCUGCUCCUGCCAUCUCUGCACCAUCACUGUAUAUAUCAGUCUUUUUGCCUUGCUCAUUGAAACUUCAACGUCAACAUCCCCACUACUAAGUGCACUAAUACCUGUCACGGUCGAGGUAAGGAGUAGACCAAGGCGCAGCGUGAUGAACAAACAUGACUUUAAUUAGUUAAAGCGUCAAAAUACAAAACAAAACACGACUCGUGAUGUCCACGGUAUCAAUGACCGAACACGGAACAAAAACCCACAACCACAAAGGGAAAACAUACAGUUUAAAUAUGGCUCCCAAUCAGAGACAACCAGCCAACAGCUGACACUCGUUGCCUCUGAUUGGGAGUCACUCAGGCAAACAUAGAAUACAACAAACUAGAAUGAACACCAACAUAGAAAUACACACAUAGAAAUGAACACACCCUGGCUCAACAUAAUGAGUCCCAGAGCCAGGGUGUGACAGUACCCCCCCCCCUAAAGGCGCGGACUGCGACCGCGCCUCAACUAAACAAACCAGGGGAGGGCUGGGCGGGCAUACCUCCUCGGCGGCGGUUCUGGCUCCGGCCUUGACCACCACCCUCCAAUACACCCCCCAUAGCGCCACUGAUCCAGUCUGGCCCCGCCGGCUGGAGCAGGACUGGACUUAACAGGAGCGGUCCUUACCAGGCUGUCGACUCGCACCCCUGGCUUGGUGCGUGGAGGAGGAACGGACCUUACCAGGCUGACGACUCGCACCCCUGGCUUGGUGCGUGGAGGAGGAACAGGCCUUACCAGGCUGACGACGCGCACCCCUGGCUUUGUGCGUGGAGGAGGAACGGGCCUUACCAGGCUGACGACUCGCACCCCUGGCUUGGUGCGUGGAAGAGGGACGGGCCUUACCAGGCUGACGACUCGCACCCCUGGCUUUGUGCGUGGAGGAGGAACGGGCCUUACCAGGCUGACGACUCGCACCCCUGGCUUGGUGCGUGGAAGAGGGACGGGCCUUACCAGGCUGACGACUCGCACCCCUGGCUUAGUGCGAGUGGCAGGAACAGGCCGGGUCGGGCUGGCGACGCGCACCGUAGACUUGGUGCGGGUGGCAGGAACAGGCCGGACCGGGCUGGCGACGCGCACCGUAGGUUUGCUGCGAGUGGCAGGAACAGGCCGGGUCGGGCUGGCGACGCGCACCGUAGACUUGGUGCGGGUGGCAGGAACAGGCCGUACCGGGCUGGCGACGCGCACCGUAGGUUUAGUGCGUGGAGCAGGUACAGGCCGGGCUGGGCUGUCGACGCACACCGUAGGCUUGGUGCGUGGAGCAGGGACAGGCCGGGCUGGGCUGUCGACGCACACCGUAGGCUUGGUGCGUGGAGCAGGGACAGGCCGGACUGGGCUGGCGACGCACACCGUAGGCUUGGUGCGUGGAGCAGGGACAGGCCGAACCGGGCUGUGGAGACGGAUAGGAGGCCUGGAGUGAAGAGCGGCCACCACCCGUCCUGGCUGAAUGCCUACCCUCACACACUCUGUGUGAGGCAUCCGCACAGGACGUACAGGGCGGUGUACCCCUGGCCUGGUGGCCUUCUGGAUCUGCCCCCUUUUCUCCUCCGUCAGCCCCGUCGUCCAUGCCGUGUGCCCCCCCCCUAAAAAAUUUCUGGGGUUGCCUCACGACCGUCCGACGACGACCCUGAUCACGCCUCCACCGUCUCUUCUCCCGGCGCUUCCUCCCAUGUCCAGCCCAAGAGCUGCCCCUGGACACGCUGCUUGGUCGUUGCAUGGUGGGUUUUUCUGUCACGGUCGAGGUAAGGAGUAGACCAAGGCGCAGCGUGAUGAACAAACAUGACUUUAAUUAGUUAAAGCGUCAAAAUACAAAACAAAACACGACUCGUGACGUCCACGGUAUCAAUGACCGAACACGGAACAAAAACCCACAAACACAAAGGGAAAACAUACAGUUUAAAUAUGGCUCCCAAUCAGAGACAACCAGCCAACAGCUGACACUCGUUUCCUCUGAUUGGGAGUCACUCAGGCAAACAUAGAAUACAACAAACUAGAAUGAACACCAACAUAGAAAUACACACAUAGAAAUGAACACACCCUGGCUCAACAUAAUGAGUCCCAGAGCCAGGGUGUGACAAUACCUCUACCAUGUGUUGGAUAUUUUUUUAACUCUGCCGUGCACACCUGUGUGAAGCUAGCCACAGUAAGGAUUAGCCACAAUAAUGGAAUUUGCGGUUCGCCUUCAUAAUAAAAGUGAGUCAAACUGAUACAAAUGUGGAAUAAUGCCAUAUUUAGAGUAGAUAAUGCUAGACAAGGUCAGAAUGUUGAACAGCCCUUAGCCAUGGUAUAUUGGUCAUAUACCACACCCCCUCGGCCCUUAUUGCUUAAUUAUAAUGUUGUAUAAUAAUUUUGCAUAAUCACCUUCUGGUGUAAAAAACAUGGAAAUUAAAAAACUAAAAACAAUGUUUUAUGUGAGAAUAGGUAUUGGUCUGAAGCCGAAAAAGAAAGGAAAUUCACAAAUGUGUAUUAUUGUUGCGUCACCAUCUUUAUUGCAAAAAGAAAUACAAGUACAAACAACUUUAAGCUACAUAUUAUUUUGACAGAGGUAAUGAACUGGCCAUUAUUCAGCACCGCAAUUGAUAAAACAGCAUCAUGUUUGAAACAAAUGGUUCUGAACAUAAUUCAGUAUUACACAGCUGACAGUUACAGAAAUCAGGAAUGCAGACAGGCUCUAUCGAUCUGCGCUACUGUGUCCAAAACACAACCAACUGUUAUGUUUGGCACCUACUGACCAAAAAAUGAUGUUAUUAUGAUCUUUUUUUUUUCAAUGACAUGUUAAGCUAAAAUAAAGUUUUAAGGAAAUAUAGGCAUGCACCACAUUACUUCAAGACAAAUCAGCUCAAUCAAGCCUGAUUGUCUUGUAAGUAUAAAAGCAAAGCUUGCAUUCAUUUAAUAAAAAAAGCAUGAAAAGGUAAUGUAAUGGGAUAGUGUCUUACUGUGGGUGAAGAUUCCAAUACUUUAGCUUGUACAGUGGGGAAAAAAAGUAUUUAGUCAGCCACCAAUUGUGCAUGUUCUCCCACUUAAAAAGAUGAGAGAGGCCUGUAAUUUUCAUCAUAGGUACACGUCAACUAUGACAGACAAAAUGAGAAAAAAAAUCCAGAAAAUCACAUUGUAGGAUUUUUUAUGAAUUUAUUUUCAAAUUAUGGUGGAAAAUAAGUAUUUAGUCAAUAACAAACGUUUCUCAAUACUUUGUUAUAUACCCUUUGUUGGCAAUGACACAGGUCAAACGUUUUCUGUAAGUCUUCACAAGGUUUUCACACACUGUUGCUGGUAUUUUGGCCCAUUCCUCCAUGCAGAUCUCCUCUAGAGCAGUGAUGCUUUGGGGCUGUCGCUGGGCAACACGGACAUUCAACUCCCUCCAAAGAUUUUCUAUGGGGUUGAGAUCUGGAGACUGGCUAGGCCACUCCAGGACCUUGAAAUGCUUCUUACGAAGCCACUCCUUCGUUGCCCGGGCGGUGUGUUUGGGAUCAUUGUCAUGCUGAAAGACCCAGCCAAGUUUCAUCUUCAAUGCCCUUGCUGAUGGAAGGAGGUUUUCACUCAAAAUCUCACGAUACAUGGCCCCAUUCAUUCUUUCCUUUACACGGAUCAGUCGUCCUGGUCCCUUUGCAGAAAAACAGCCCCAAAGCAUGAUGUUUCCACCCCCAUGCUUCACAGUAGGUAUGGUGUUCUUUGGAUGCAACUCAGCAUUCUUUGUCCUCCAAACACGACGAGUUGAGUUUUUACCAAAACGUUCUAUUUUGGUUUCAUCUGACCAUAUGACCUUCUCCCAAUCCUCUUCUGGAUCAUCAAAAUGCACUCUAGCAAACUUCAGACAGGCCUGGACAUGUACUGGCUUAAGCAGGGGGACACGUCUGGCACUGCAGGAUUUUAGUCCCUGGCGGCGUAGUUUGUUACUGAUGGUAGGCUUUGCUACUUUGGUCCCAGCUCUCUGCAGGUCAUUCACUAGGUCCCCCCGUGUGGUUCUGGGAUUUUUGCUCACCGUUCUUGUGAUAAUUUUGACCCCACGGGGUGAGAUCUUGCGUGGAGCCCCAGAUCGAGGGAGAUUAUCAGUGGUCUUGUAUGUCUUCCAUUUCCUAAUAAUUGCUCCCACAGUUGAUUUCUUCAAACCAAGCUGCUUACCUAUUGCAUAUUCAGUCUUCCCAGCCUGGUGCAGGUCUACAAUUUUGUUUCUGGUGUCCUUUGACAGCUCUUUGGUCUUGGCCAUAGUGGAGUUUGGAGUGUGACUGUUUGAGGUUGUGGACAGGUGUCUUUUUUACUGAUAACAAGUUCAAACAGGUGCCAUUAAUACAGGUAACGAGUGGAGGACAGAGGAGCCUCUUAAAGAAGUUACAGGUCUGUGAGAGCCAGAAAUCUUGCUUGUUUGUAGGUGACCAAAUACUUAUUUUCCACCAUAAUUUGCAAAUAUAUUCAUUAAAAAUCCUACUAUAUUCAUUCUCUAUUUGUCUGUCAUAGUUGACGUGUACCUAUGAUGAAAAUUACAGGCCUCUCUCAUCUUUUUAAGUGGGAGAACUUGCACAAUUGUUGGCUGACUAAAUACUUUUUUUCCCCACUGUAUGUGGUACAAAUCACAUUGUGUAUGCAAGAGUAUGAAUUAUGGUGUUUGAGAAGGUUUGAAUCCUAAGCAACCUGUCUACACAUAGUUUAAAGUACAAUACCAACAUAGCUACUGUAGCAGGUCAAAGCUAUGUGCUGGAAAACCUCGGUAGAGCAUGGGUGGAAUAGGCAUUGUGGUGCUCAUGUGAAUUUCCUUUAUUUUUCGCCUUCAGACCAAUGUCUAUUCUCACUUAAAACUUAGUUUUUUGUUUUUAAUUUACUUUGGCGUUUGUAAAUUAUCUUAAAGUGUAUAUCUCUCCUUCUAACCUCUCCCUCUUCUGCGUAUGAUUCUAGGUUGACAUCGGCAGUGACGGAACACAAGCGUGCUGUGCGUCCUACUAGGAAUAACCAGGGCUCACGCAACCCCCUCCGUGCCCUGGCGGCCCGCAACGACAUCCGCCAGGUCUACACGGAACAGAGACUCAACGUAGCUACCGUGGAAACCAAGAGGAUGCAAGUGGAGAGGAGUAAGCCAUCCCAUCCUAUAAUAUGCGUUCUAUAUUUUUUAUUAACAUUUUUAACCCCUUUUCGUGAUUUUCGUGAUAUCCAAUUGGUAGUUACAGUCUUGUCCCAUCGCUGCAACUCCCUUACUGACUCGGGAGAGGCGAAGGUCGAGAGCCAUGCGUCCUCCGAAACACGACCCUGCGGCACACUGCUCGCUUAAUCCGGAAGUCGGCCACACCAAUGUGUCGGAGGAAACACUGUACAACUGGCGACCGAGUCAGCGUGCAUGCGCCCGGCCCGCCACAGGAGUUGCUAGAGCGUGAUGGGACUAGGACAUCCCAGCCGGCCAAACCCUCACCUAACCCUGAUGACUCUAGGCCAAUUGCGCCCCGCCUCAUGGGUCUCCCAGUCGUGGCCGGCUGCGAUACAGCCUGGGAUCGAACCCGGGUCUGUAGUGAUGCCUCAAGCACUGCGAUGCAAUCAGUGCCUUCGACAGCUGCGCCACUCGGGAGGCCCAUGCAACGUGUUUAAAAAAAAAAAAACUAUCCCUUUAACAAGUUGUAAAUAGAUCAUUUUCUAAAAGGUGAAUCCAAAGGCAAUCUCCAGGUGGCUAAGGAAGUGCUAUUCUAUUUUAUUAUAUUCUGUCACUACACUGUUCUUGAUCACAGUCUGCAUUUACCUUAUGCAAGAGGAAAAUAAUUGCGCAUGAGAGUUAAAUUCUGUUAAGUAAAUGCUUGUAUUGUCAAAUGUAUUGUAUUGUGUAGCAAACAGGCCAUACAACACAUAUUUGCAAAACAGCACAGCAAGGAAAAUAUUAUGGUUGAUAGCCAGCUAAAUGUAGCUGAAAAAGUAGCAGUUAUAGUUUGAACUUGACUCUGUUGAGGCAGGGGUUGUGGUUAGGGCUGUGGCGGUCAUGAAAUUUAGUCAGCCGGUUACUGUCAUGCAAAAGACUGCCGGUCUCAUGGUAAUUGACCGUUAAUUAACAUAAACAUGUUUAGCAUCUCCAGGCCUCCACACAUACAAGCCACUGAUGCGCACCUUUGGAACAUCUACAUUUAAAAAAAGGAUAAUAAAUCAAUUUAAUAUACAUCAUAACAAUAAAUCCAUUAUUUAUUUUAGUCAUGUCUAAAGAAACAUUAUGAUAUGAAGAAAACUUAUUUCAGAAAAACAGAAUGAGUUCGCCUAUGUUAUCUAGCUAUGCUCCCAUGCCAUAGGCUGUAGGCUUGUUCAUUUAGCUGACAAGAUAUGCUUAUAAGUACCGUGCCAUUAUUUUAUUUUAUCAGAUUUUAUAGUAAGAAGAAUAUAAUUGAACUUAGCUGAAUAAAAUAUACUUAACAAAAAUAUAAAUGCAACAUGCAACAAUUUCAAAUGUUUUACUGAGUUACAGUUCAUAGAAGGAAAUCGGUCAAUUUAAAUAAAUAAAUUAAGACUUAUCUAUGGAUUUCACAUGACUGGGCAGGGGUGCAGCCAUGGGUGGGCCUGGGAGGGCAUAGGCUCACCCUCUUGGGAGCCAGGCCCACCCACUGGGGAGUAAGGUCCAGCCAAUCAGAAUGAGUUCUUCCACAUAGAAGGGCUUAAUUACAGGCAGAAAUACUCAUUGGUUUCAUCAGCUGUCUGGGUGGCUGGUCUCAGACGAUCCCGCAGGUAAAGAAGCUGGAUGUGGAGGACCUGGGCUGGCGUGGUUACACGUGGUCUGCGGUUGUGAGGCCGAUUGGAUGUACUGCCAAAUUCUCCAAAACAACGUUGGAGGCAGCUUAUGGUAGAGAAAUUAACAUUCAAAUCUCUGGCAACAGCUCUGCUGGACAUUCCUGCAGUCAGCAUGCCAAUUGAAUGCUCCCUCAACUUGAGACAUCUAUGAUAUUGUGUUGUGUGACAAAACUGCACAUUUUAGAGUGGCCUUUUAUUGUCCCCAGCACAAGGUGGACCUGUGUAAUGAUCAUGCUGUUUAAUCAGAUUCUUGAUAUGCCACACCUGUCAGGUGGAUGGAUUAUCUUGACAAAGGAGAAAUUCUCACUAACAGGGAUGUAAACAUAUUUGCGCACAACAUUUGAGAGAAAUAAGCUUUUUGUGCAUAUGGAACAUUUCUGGGAUCUUUUAUUUCAGCUCAUGAAACAUGGGACCAAAAGUGUACAUGUUGCGUUUAUGUUUUUGUUCAGUAUAUAAACAUUACUAAGAGCCAAGUACAUUACAAAAGGAGAAUGGCACUAAAAAAAUAGCAUGCACAAAAAUACAGGGAGGGGAAAACAACAACAAGAUCAUCAAAGGCAAUUCAAAUUGAGAGGCUAAAUUCAAAAACAUGUUAAAAAGACAAGAGAGCAAGACCAAGGUUAAAAUGCUAUAGGCUGAAUGCUAGUUGUUGAAGGUACCAAACUGUCUGUUCUAGCAGUUGACACACAGUUCGGACACUCAUCGGUACAACACAAGACAUGCAAUCAGUGGUCUCUUCACAGUCCCCAGGUCCAGAACAGAGGCUGGGAAACGCACAUUAUUAAAUAGAGACAUGACUACUUGGAAAUCUCUGCCACCCCAGGUAACUCAAGCCAGCAAUAAAACCAGAUUAAAAGAACAAUUUACGGCACAACGGGGACAGUGAAGAGACAGACAUUUUUAUAUACUCAUGGGCGGCGCACAAUUGGCCCAGCGUCGUCCAGGGUAGGGGAGGGAAUGGCCGGCAGGGAUGUAGCUCAGUUGAUAGAGCAUGGCGUUUGCAACACCAGGGUUGUGGGUUCGAUUCCCACGGGGGGCCAGUAUAAAAAAUAUAUAUAUAUGUAUUCACUAACUGUAAGUCGCUCUGGAUAAGAGCGUCUGCUAAAAUGACUAAAAUGUAAAAAAUAUAUAUUUUGUAUUGUAAUUUGCACUGUAUUAUGUAUUGUAUUAUGUAGGGGCUCAUAGGGCAGGAGCCAUCUCCUGUUUCUGAAGCGUGAGGCAGAGGCAGGAGAUAAUGGAGUAUUAUGUAGUAUUAUCUACAGUGCAUUCGGAAAGUAUUCAGACCCCUUGACUUUUUCCACUCAUUUUUGCAAAUGUAUAAAGAAUUUUAAACUGAAAUAUUACAUUUACAUAAUUAUUCAGAACCUUUACUCAGUACUUUGUUGACGCACCUUUGGCAGCGAUUACAGACUUGAGUCUUCUUGGGUAUGACGCUAGGCACACCUGUAUUUGGGGAGUUUCUCCUAUUCUUCUCUGCAGGUCCUCUCAAGCUCUGUCAGGUUAGAUGGGGAGCGUCGCUGCACAGCUAUUUUCAGAUCUCUCCAGAGAUGUUCGAUCGCGUUCAAGUCCGUGCUCUGGCUGGGCCACUCAAGGACAUUCAGAGACUUUUCCCGAAGCCACUCCUCUAUUGUCUUGGCUGUGUGCUUAGGGUCGUUGGCCUGUUGGAAGGUGAACCUUCGCCCCAGUCUGAGGUCCUGAGCAGGUUUUCAUCAAGGAUCUCUCUGUACUUUGCUCCGUUCAUCUUUCCCUUGAUCCUGACUAGUCUCCCAGUCCCUGCCGCUGAAAAACAUUCCCACAGCAUGAUGAUGCUGCCACCACCAUGCUUCACCGUAGAGAUAGUGCCAGGUUUCCUCCAGACGUGACGCUUGGCAUUCAGGCCAAAGAGUUCAAUCUUGGUUUCAUCAGACCAGAAAAUCUUGUUUCUCAUGGUCUGAGAGUCCUAAGGUGCCUUUUGGCAAACUCCAAGCGGGCUGUCAUGUGCCUUUUACUGAGGAGUGGCUUCCAUCUCAACAUGAUUAAGACAAAGGAGAUGAUUGUGGACUACAGGAAAAGGAAGAGGACCGAGCACGCCCUCAUUCUCAUCAACGGGGCUGUAGUGGAGCAGGUUGAGAGCUUCAAGUUCCUUGGUGUCCACAUCACAAACAAACUAACAUGGUCCAAGCACACCAAGACAGUCGUGAAGAGGGCACGACAAAACCUAUUCCCCCUCAGGAGACUGAAAAGAUUUGGCAUGGGUACUCAGAUCCUCAAAAGGUUCUACAGCUGCACCAUCGAGAGCAUCCUAACUGGUUACAUCACUGCCUGGUAUGGAAACUGCUCGGCCUCCGACCGCAAGGCAUUACAGAGUGUAGUGCGCACGGCCCAGUACAUCACUGGGGCCAAGCUUCCUGCCAUCCAAGACCUCUAUACUAGGCGGUGUCAGAGGAAGGCCCUAUAAAUUGUCAAAGAAUCCAGCCACCCUGGUCAUAGAAUGUUCUCUCUGCUACCGCACGGCAAGCGGUACCAGAGCACCAAGUCUAGGUCCAAGAGGCUUCUAAACAGCUUAAGACUCCUGAACAGCUAAUCAAAUGGCUACCCAGACUAUUUGCAUUGUCCCCCCCCCCCCCUCUUUUACUCUGCUGCUACUCUCUAUUUAUUAUCUAUGCAUAGUCACUUUAAUAACUCUACCUACAUGUACAUAUUACCUCAAUUAUCUUGACUAACCGGUGCCCCCACACAUUGACUCGGUACUGGUACCACUGUAUAUAGCCUCGGCUAUUAUUAUUUUGUACUUUUAUUUUGUAUUAUUUUAUAUUGUAUUUUUUCUGGUGUUUUUUUUCUUCUUUUUUUUUGGGGGGGGGGGGGUAUUCUUUAUUAAAACUGCAUUGUUGGUUAAGGGCUUGUAAGUAAUAAUUUCACUGUAAGGUCUACACCUGUUAUAUUCCGCACAUGUGACUAAUACAAUUUGAUUUGAUCUGGCCACUCUUCCAUACAUGCCUGAUUGGUGGAGUGCUGCAGAGAUGGUUGUCCUUCUGGAAUGUUCUCCAUUCUCCACAGAGGAACUCUGGAGCUCUGUCAGAGUCACCAUCGGGUUCUUGGUCACCUCCCUGACCAUGACCCUUCUCCCCUGAUUGCUCAGUUUGGCCGGGCGGCCAGCUCUAGGAAGUGCCUUGGUGGUUCCAAACUUCUUCCAUUUAAGAAUAAUGGAGGCCACUGUGUUCUUGGGGACCUUCAAUGCUGCAGAAAUUUUUUGGUACCCUUCCCCAGAUCUGUGCCUCGACACAAUCCUGUCUCGGAGCUCUACGGACAAUUCCUUCGCCCUCAUGGCUUGGUUUUUGCUCUGACGUGCAUUGUCAACUGUGGAACAGGUGUGUGUCUUUCCAAAUCAUUUCCAAUCAAUUGAAUUUACCACAGGUGGACUCCAAUCAAGUUGUUGAAACAUCUCAAGGAUGAUCAAUGGAAACCGGAUGCACCUGAGCUCAAUUUCAAAUCUCAUAGCAAAGGGUCUGAAUACUUAUGUGUAUAUGUAAUUUUUUUAUAAUAUUUUUGACAAAGAUUUCUCUAAACCUAUUUUUGCUUUGUCAUUAUGGGGUAUUGUAUGUAUAUUAAUGAGGGAGGGGGAAAAAAUAAUUUAAUACAUUUUAGAAUAAGGCUGUUAUGUAACAAAAUGUGGAAAAAGUCAACGGGUCUGAAUACUUUCCGAAUGCACUGUAUAUUAGAUUAUGUAUAUUAUGUAUUUUAUUUGUUGUUUUGUUUCCUGUUUGGACCACAUACAACUAAAUACUAUUACUAAAAGGUGGGUUUUGAGACUGGACUUGAAGGUUUGGAUGGAGUCAGAUUCGCAGGUAUUGGGGGGGAGAGAGUUCCAGAGAGUGAGGGCGACAUUUACAUUUACAUGUUUUUUUUUUUUUUUUUUUUGUCAUUUUAGCAGACGCUUUUAUCCAGAGUGACUUACAGUUAGUGAGUGCAUUCAUUUUCAUACUGAAGGCACGAUCCCCCAUGGAGUCAGAGGAUCGGAGGCUGCGGGUGGGGGUGUAGAUGUGUAGCUGCUAACCUCCAUUUUGGAUUGCUACCCACCCCCGUUUCAGCUCAAUCAACAUUGGCCAAGCACAAUAAUGGCCUACUAACCUCCAUUUUGGCUCUUCUCAUCCACAGUGGCCAAGCAUUCCAACCUGGCGGACGCAGCUCUGGCCGGCCUGGCCAGUAAGGAGAACUUCCGCAAGGUCAACCUGCGCAGCACCAAGUCCACUGAGGUGGUGACCAACAACAGCACGCUGCCCUUCAACAAGCUCAUGCUCAUCCGCAUCAAAGGUCAGUCAGAGGGCAAAGGUCACGGGGUCAGGGAUGGCAUUUUUCUGUUCAGAAAUUGCACCAUGUUCUCUAUAUACUGCACUACGUUUUAUUUACAAUGAUUCUUCAUUGUAAAUACAAUUCACACAUUUUUUUUUAUUUUUAUUACCAGUACUCUUGAACAAUACAACAGUGGCACAGAUUUAAAACUUGGCUUCACCCAUCCACUUCGUCUCCAAAGGAGUACAGUAGCAUAUAUUUUUGAAAAAUCUCUGAGUAGUUCCUUCACUCUUUCCAUAAACGUCCAUAAGCAGAGGAAUGACUGGUUGGAGUAAGUGGGUGUGUCUGGUUUCUAAAGUGGGUCUGUCUGUCUGGGUGUGGUCUGCAGGGCGGAGGCACGUGCAGGUGCGUCUGGUGGAGCCCACGGCCCGUUCCCUGAACAGCGGCGACUGCUACCUGCUCAUCACCCCCAAACACUGCUUCAUGUGGAGUGGAGAGUUUGCCAACGUCAUCGAAAAAGCCAAGGUACUAGACAUGCACUAUAUAUACAAAAGUAUGUGGACACCCCUUUACAUGAAUGGAUUUGGCUAUUCCAGCCACACCCUUUGCUGACAGGUAAAUAAAAUCGAACACACUGCCAUGCAAUCUCCAAAGACAAACAUUAGCAGUAGAAUGGCCUUACUGAAGAGCUCCGUCAUAGGAUGCCACCUUUCCAACAAGUCAGUUCGUCAAAUAUCUGCCCUGCUAGAGCUGCCCCGGUCAACUGUAAGUGCUGAAGUGGAAACAUCUAGGAGCAACAACAGCUCAGCCGCAAAGUGGUAGGCCACACAAACACACAGAACGGGACCGCCGAGUCCUGAAGCGUGUAGCGCAUAAAAAUAGUCUGUCCUCGGUUGCAACACUCACUACAGAGUUCCAAACUGCCUCUGGAAACAACGUCAGCACAAGACCUGUUAGUUGGGAGCUUCAUGAAAUGGGUUUCCAUGGCCGAGCAGCCGCACACAAGCCUAAGAUCAUCAUGCGCAAUGCCAAGUGUCGGCUGGAGUGGUGUAAAGCUCGCCGCCAUUGGACUCUGGAGCAGUGGAAAUGCGUUCUCUGGAGUGAUGAAUCUGGCAGUCCGACGGACGAAAUCUGGGUUUGGCGGAUGCCAAGAGAACGCUACCUGCCCGAAUGCAUAGUGCCACCUGUAAAGUUUGGUGGAGGAGGAAUAAUGGUCUGGGGCUGUUUUUCAUGGUUCGAACUACGCCCCUUAGUUCCAGUGAAGGGUAAUCGUAACGCUACAGCAUACAAUGACAUUGUAGAUGAUUCUGUGCUUCCAACUUUGUGGUAACAGUUUGGGGAAGGCCCUUUCCUGUUUCAGCAUGACAAUGCACCCGUGCACAAAGCGAGGUCCAUACAUAAAUGGUUUCUCGAGAUCAGUGUGGAAGAACUUGACUGGCCUGCACAGCGCCAUGACCUCAACCCAAUCUAACAACUUUGGGAUGAAUUGGAACGCCGACUGCGAGCCAGGCCUAAUCGCCCAACAUAAGUGCCCGACUUCCCUAAUGCUCUUGUGGCUGAAUGGAAGCAAGUCCCUGCAGCAAUGUUCCAACAUCUAUUGGAAAGCCUUCCCAGAAGAGUAGAGGCUGUUAUAGCAGCAAAGGGGGACCAACUCCAUAUUAAUGCCCAUGAUUUUGGAAUCCGAUGUUCGACGAGUAGGUGUCCACAUACUUUUGGUCAUGUAGUGUACAGAUGCAAAUACAGUGCAUUCGGAAUGUAUUCAGAUCCCUUCCCUUUUCCACAUUUUGUUACGUCGCAGCCUUAUUCUAAAAUGGAUUAAAUAAAACAUUUUUCUCAUUAAUCUACACACAAUACCCCAUAAUGACAACAAUUUUUUUUGUUGUUGUUGCAAAAACCAGAAAUACCUUUUUUACAUAAGUAUUCAGACCCUUUGCUAUGGGACUCGAAUUUGAGCUCAGGUGCAUCCUAUUUCCAUUGAUCAUCCUUGAGAUGUCUCUACAACUUGAUUGGUGUCCACCUGUGGUAAAUUCAAUUGAUUGGACAUGAUUUUCAUGAUUCCCACGGGGGGCCAGUUUGAAAAAUGUAUGCACUCACUAACUGUAUGUCGCUCUGGAUAAGAGCGUCUGCUAAAUGACUAAAAUGUAAUGAUUUGGAAAGGCACACACCUGUCUAUAUAAGGCCUCACAGUUGACAGUGCAUGUCAGAGCAAAAACCAGGCCAUGAGGUUGAAGGAAUUGUCCGUAGAGCUCCGAGACGACUGUGUCGAGGCACAGAUCUGGGGAAGGGUACGAAAACAUUUCUGCCGCAUUGAAGGUCCCCAAGAACACAGUGGCCUCCAUCAUUCUUAAAUGGAAGAAGUUGGAACCACCAAGACUCUACCUAGAGCUGGCCGCCCAUCCAAACUAAGCAAUCGGGGGAGGACUGCCUUGGUCAGGAAGGUGACAGAGCUCCAGAGUUCCUCUGUGGAGAUGGGAGAACCUUACAGAAGGACAACCGUCUCUGUAGCACUCCACCAAUCAGGCCUGUUUGGUAGAGUAGCCAGAUGAAAGCCACUCCUCAGUAAAAGGCAUAUGACAGCCCGCUUGGACUCUCAGACCAUGAGAAACAAGAUUCUCUGGUCUGAUGAAACCAAGAUUGAACUCUUUGGCCUGAAUGCCAAGCAUCACGUCUGGAGGAAAUCUGGCACCAUCCCUACGGUGUAGCAUAGUGGUGGCAGCAUCAUGCUGUGGGGAUGUUUUUCAGCGGCAGGUACUGGGAAACUAGUCAGGAUCGGGGGAAAGCUGAAUGGAGCAAAGUACAGAGAGAUCCUUGAUGAAAGCCUGCUCCAGAGCGCUCAGGACCUCAGACUGGGGGGACAAGUCUCUGAAUGUCCUUGAGUGGCCCAGCCAGAGCCCGGACUUGAACCCGAUCAAACAUCUCUGGAGAGACCUGAAAAUGGCUGUGCAGCGACGCUCCUCAUCCAACCUGACAGAGCUUGAGAGGAUCUGCAGAGAAGAAUGGGAGAAACUCCCCAAAUAAAGGUGUGCCAAGCUUGUAGCAUCAUACCCAUGAAGAUGCGAGGCUGUAAUCGCUGCCAAAGGUGCUUCAACGAAGUACUGAGUAAAGGGUCUGAAUACUUAUGUAAAUGUGAUCUUUCAGUUUUGUUUUUAAUAAAUGUGCAAAAAAUUCUAAAAACCUGUUUUUGCUUUGUCAUUAUGGGGUAUUGUGUGUAGAUUGAUGAGGGGGAAAAAUAUUACAUACAUUUUAGAAUAAGGCUGUAACGUAACAAAAUGUCGAAAAAGUCGAGGUCUGAAUACUUUCUGAAUGCACUGUAAUUAACGAGUGUCUGUGGUUCCGAAUUCUUCAGAACCCUCUUCCCAAUAGCAAAAAAUCAGAAGCUUCUGUACAUGCGCGGGAUUCUCUACUUUACUAACAGUGUCUGCUCUACUCGUUCGGCUGCCUUGAGAACAGUCUGCUCUGGUGAAUAGUGCUUGUUUAAUAAAGUUACAUCAAAGCUGAAUCAAUGUCUUUAAGAUCACAUAAAGAUAGUAUUCUACAAUCUACAGAACAGAAUAUAACAGCAUAUAUUAUAACAAUACUGUAAGACAAAAAACACCACCUCGUGAGAUUUAAGGAUGAUUGUGCGAAUGGUUUAAUUUUUCUCUCAUGCGGCCAAAACUCAACAGCACGCGCCACUAGGCAAAAUGUGUUUUGAUUGAAACAAAACACAGGUAUGCUACAGUUCGUUAACACCAUCUGCUAAAAAAUUCGGUCUCUGUACAUAAUUCAAAACAACACUGUACUUCGAAACACUGUACAUAACUCAAGAAGAUCUAAAUGCAUAUUCCAAUUAAACUGAUUGAGAUCAGAUGGUUGGCAUUGACAGUGAGAAAUGUGAAGGGAUGUUGACCACAAAAAUGUGUGCGUCAAGUAGAGGUAAAGAAUCAUAUGCGCAGAACGUGAUACAGAUUUUUUGCUCUGGGGAAGAGGCUCCCAGGGGGGUUGUGACAGGGCCGGAAUGGGGGGGUUACCUUUGGAACCGCAGCCUCUGUCUAUAAUUAAACACAAAAACAAUGUUUUAGGAUAACAUUUUGGACGGAUCCAUAGAAUCCAUAGAAAAAUCCAGGAAAUUCAAAUGAGCACCAUAGCCCUAACUUCACUCAUGCACUUCCAUGGAUUUUCAUCACACAGCAGUUCAGUUCAGUGCUUGGCCCUCUUCCUCUGAGACUGCUGACACUUUGGCUCCAAGCUGAUGUCCACGUCUAUCUGGGGAGCGUAGUGUCUCACGCCCAAUGUCUCCUCCACCCCCACCCGUCCUUCAGUCAGCUGUGUGAUGGUGAAGGUGGGGCACCAGAGCGCCUCCCACAGGCGCUGCUUGAUCCUGCGGCCCAGGUUCAGGCUGUAGCGGGGGGGCUGGACAGAGGCAGUGACCAGCAUGGAGUCCACCACCGAGUGGUAGAUCUGCUGGUACUCUGGGAUGGAGUGACCGUGGAUUAGGGGCUCCUCCUGAGCCUCAGUCCUGCCAGUGGGGCUCCUCUCUGGGUACGAGGAUGGGGAUGGGAUGGAAGUCUAGGAGAGUCCAGCAGUGUUUUGGAAGAACCUGUUCUUCAAGGGCUCCUUGAGCUCCCGCAGGCUCUCCUCCUGCUCCACCAACCUCUUCCUCCUCUCCUGAUGCUGGAGAGAUGGAUGGACAGAGAGAGAGAGAGAGUAGGUCAACACCACACAGUAUGACAAUAAUCAGACCCUUAACUCUAUCAAAUGGAAAAUUGUUUCAGAGUGGCUCUCUAACAAUGCAGCUGUACAAUACGGUGACAUGACUCUACCUCGGUCAUGAGAGAAGAGUCGUCCAGUUUGGUGAAGAACAUGGCUGAGCUGGGCCUGGGGACACUCCAUCUAGUGGAGCUCUCUCCCUCACCCCCUCCCUGCCUCACCUGGUCAUCUCCCUGGUCAAGAACUGGGGCCCUCAGCCUGUUGACCAUGGGCCAGCUGGAGAUGUGGGAGGCUUGGUCUCCACCCUGGGCCUCACAGUGAUGGCGGCAGGGACUAGCCUGUUUCAGUUGCCGGUGUACUUUGACCUGGCAGACCAGUGGCUCAACAGUGGAGGUGACUUCAACCUCUCCACACUGCUGCUGCUCCUCAGGUGAGAGGAACUGCGGGAUGGCCUGGUGGAGGCUGGAGGUCCCAGUGCUGCUUCUGGUGUCAACAGUAGUGUGUGAAGAGGACAGAGAGACACCAUCUUGGGAGAAGGAGGAGGAUGGGGAGGAAGAGGAGCAGCUCUCUACCUUCUCAAACUCUGUGGCCUGCUCAGCCGAGCGGCAUUUCCCAAGGGAGAGACUUGCCCCCUUCACUUAGUAGUCAUUCCAACGCCUAGAGGGCGCUACACUCCUCCUAAGGCAGUACUUCUCUAUGAUGAUGAUCCAUCAAGAAUCGAAAUUCAGCUGAAGUCUUAGAUUUUAGGAUACAUAUUUGAAGAGUAAUGUUUCACAGCUAGUUUCCGAGUAGGAUGUCUUUUUUGGGGGGCUUGGUUGCCAACAUGCCAAGGUUCUAGAGAAUGUUGGGGAUGAGUUCUAGCCUAGAGCCUAGAGUUUAAAAGUAAUCAUGUCAUAAGAGACACUGAUGCACAUAGAAACCAAAGGUUCCAUUUGGUGCAUUCAGUAUUAUAUGGCUGCCAGUUCUAGAGUUAAGUAGAUCAGUAAAGUCAAAUGUUUCAACAGUUGUAUGUAUUUGCUCUAUGGCCACCAUGUGAUACAAUGGCAACAUUCUUCUGAAAUGUGUUACUGUUCAGCUCCACACUACCCUCUCUCCUUCCCCUCUCUGCAACCAUACUCACAUUGAUCUGGUCAUCUCCCUCUGUUAUAAUACUUUUCUAUUUGAUCAACUUUUCUAUUUGAUCAAUGUACUGUAGUUGAGGCCCCAUCCAGAAACAGUGUCUAGGUCCUAAUCCUCAGACACUUCUGUUGAUCUGAAAAUAGUCAGUUUCAGUCAUGUCAGGAAGUUAGUCGAAAUACAAAUAAUGAAUUGAAAAAUCGUCAUAGAAAACAAUGGGCUAUUUUCAGUUAAUGGAAGUCAAUUUCGCUUCUGGAAUUGAAAACUGAAUUGACCACAACCUGGCAUCAAACAUUACAUGAUAUUUAUCCAGUUGACGAUAAUGCAUGCUUUAGGGGAAUGUCGGGCUGUGUGUGUGUGUCUCCAGUCAGUAUUGAGCCCCGUGUUCAGUAGGUGGAAUAUGUUUUGAAGCAUUUUGAUAGUGGGAUGUACUACCUGAAUUUGUCCAAUAACAACACACAUUUUCAUUUUUUUGUGUUCAUUAGGCACUAAAUUAGAAAAAAACUGACAAACAGGGAGGGACUACCUGGACUUGUCCAAUAAGAAACACUCAUUUUAAUUUUCUGUUGCAAAACAUUUUGAAAAGUUUUACAAUGCUUGCCCGAAUGAACACGACCAUGGUCUAAGCUCUGUGGCCUGUCCUGUAUCCCUAGGCCUCAGAGAUGGCGUCGUUCGUGCAGGCUAAGAGGGACCUUGGCUGUAAGGCCUCCCAGGUGACUGUGCUGGAGGAGGGCAUCAACACUGACAACAAAUGGGCUAAGGAGUUUUGGGACCUACUGGGGGGCAAGACAGACUACAGAGGUACAUGCGUGCAUUUUCGCACGCACGCACACACAAACACACACAUACAGUGUGCUCAUGGAUUGUACACACACACACACACACACACCAGUAGAUGUGCACACACAGUCACACACACACAUAGUGUACACACAAAAUAAAUACAUGUGCAUACAUAAAUACACUAUUGUACACACACACACAUACACAGUGGACCAGGUCGUAAACAUAUCCAAGGUGCACACUCGAACACAGACCACACACAGAUGACUGUAUAUUAUUUGAUGACCAUAUCUAAUACACCCCAUCACACGCACACGCACACACACCACCUUCCAAAACCCAAAAUACCACCUCCACCUCUCAACACACACAUUUAUGUCCAUUUCCAUGUCCAUUUGUGUGCAGGUGCAGGGGAGCCGGAGGAGGAUGAGCUGUAUGAAAGUGGUGUGUUAGACUCUAAUGGGGUCUACGGGCUGCAGGAGGGAAAACUGGUGCCCCACAAAGAGGUCUGGGCUUCCAUCCCCAGUGUCACCCUGCUCAACUCUAAAGAGGUAUAUAGCUGUGUGUGUGCACAUGUGCGUGCGCGUGUGCAUGUGUGUGUCUGACUUUCCAGAUUCCCUCUCUCUCUAGGUGUUAGUGUUUGACUUUGGCAGUGAGGUGUACGUGUGGACGGGGAAGGACGUCCCCCUGGGUGACAGAAAGGUGGCUGUCCAAUUAGGGAAGCAGCUGUGGAGCGGUUCUUACGACUACAGCAGCUGCAGGGUCAACCCCCUGGAUGCCUGUUCAUCCAAUACUGAUGUCCCUGAGUGAGUCUCAAGCUCUUAGCCUGCCUUUUUUAUGCACACUGUCCAAUCACAUCGCUAAGUUUUUGAUGGCCACAGGACAAUUCAAAAGGUCUUGCAGGUUCAUGCCACAAAAACGUUUGGAGUUGCUUGAAGGACUAGUGUUUGAAGGACCAGUGCUCUCAUUUGAACUGAGUGCCACUAACACGAAUAUGCAGAGGCAAAGGACUGUCUACACUACAGUAUGGCAGCAUAUGUCUGGCAUCUGUUUAGCAGUGAUAAGUAUUUGCAAAUGUUGAAGUCAGUGUAGAUGGAUAGAAGAUGGGGAGAAGACAACACUUUAGAUUAGGGCUGGGAAUUGCCAGGGACAUAACGAUAUGAUAUUAUCACGAUACUUUGGUGCCGAUAUGAUAUGUAUUGCUAUUCACGAUUCUAUAUGUAUUGCGAUAUUCGAUUCGAUAUUGUGAUUUGAUGAUCCAAACAUAUUGCUCACUACAUGUCUGCUACAGAGAGACAUACUCUGAGUCAAAGUAUCAUUAUAAUAUCGUCCAAAAUAAUAUUGUGAUAUGUAAUUGUAUUGAUUUUUUUCCCCCAUCAAAACUUUAGAUGCACCGCUUGUAUCUGUCUGUGUGAAAGUGUUUUUGUUGGUGUCGUUUUCUCAAUGUUUGUGUGUAUCUGUAUGUGUUUUGUGUGUAGGCAGGGUGAGGGACGUCCCAGCUGGGCUCUGUUCGGCCGUCUGUCGGAGCACAACGAGACGGCUCUGUUCAGAGAGAAGUUCCUGGACUGGGCCGAGAGGAAAGAGGAGGCUGCCAUGGAGGAGGCCAAGGUUAGGAAAUGGGCUUAAGGUUUAGGGUGAGGCCAUGAUGGGCUUUAUCUCAAUUGCUUAAACAUCUGUCCUCAAUCAAUCAAUACUUUUUUUUAUAAAGCCCUCUUUACAUCAGCAGUUGUCACAAAGUGCUUAUACAGAAACCAGCCUCAAACCCCAGAGAGCAAGCAAUGGAUUGGAAAAGACAGGUGAAAGCAAUAUGGUGCAAGCUCAUCAUUAGGCUGUCUUUCACCUGGUCAGUUCUUUCAGAUCAGUGCAGAUGAGGAGACGGGGAGAAGAAUGUCUGUGUAGACAAAUGAAAAGCGUCCUGGUAUCGGGAUUCUAGUUUAUUUUUGUAACCUUAUGUUAAAGUAUUAAAAAUAAUAGAUAAAUAGGUUGCACCCUUUUCAGGCCCUUUGUCACAUUGGGUCAUCAUGUUAUGAGGUAUAAUCACGUACUUAGUCAUACAGUAUACGGUCCCAUUGCUUUUGUGGAAAGCUACGUCAUUUAAAAAACUGCUAACAAUACCUAUUUCCCCCACUCUCUCUCCCCCUCCAGAGCCCUGUCCACUCUACCCUCCGCUCGCCCCUUGAGGCGGCCAAGCCUGACGUCUUAAAACCGUGCGACGCCAAGGCCCUGCUGGACAGUGCGGGAGGCCCUAUACGUAGCCUCCUGGAGGGCGUGGACGUGCAGCGUGGCUACGGGCUGGUCCAAACAGAGGACGGACGCCAGGCAGAGCUCGCCACAGUGGAGGUGGACGCCUGGCAUAUCCGGGAGUUUGAAGAGGAGGAGCUGGUGGCGGCGAGCUUGGGCCAGCUGCACGAAGGAGACACCUACGUGAUCCGCUGGAAGUACUCGGUCACCACUGUGGGUGAGUAAUAGUGUCAUACGCACAUCAUAAAAAAUACUAAAGGUGCUGGACGAAGGGCCGCUGUGGGUGAGUCACGGUAUUAGAUGUAACAUUAUAUUGUAUCUCUAUGGGAGGAGAAGUAGUACAGGGGGUCGUUGAGAAGAGGGAGAUUUUUGCACACUGUAGUUGUUCAUAGUUCCAGAGGCAUGGAGGAAAAGACUGUUGUGAGAAACUCCAGCUCACUGAUAUUAUAUCUUGAAUAUUUCAUAAACAAUCAUCAUCAAAUGCUUUGAUCAAUGCUUUACCAGGAUUAAAUACGCAAUCUGUGACAGUUAGACGUUUUUGCCAUAUAUGUAUACCUGUUGCUUCUUGAAGAAUAAUAUCUCAUGAGCUUACUAUAGCUAACGUUAGCCCCAGAUGAGUUUUCCAAUGGAGCCCUCUGGAGAGGUAAAUUAACGGUUCCAGCGCUGUAGGAGCUGUAUCUACUACGCUUUGUUUCGGGACAAACUGGAUCACUCAAAGUUCCAAUGCGGCAAUUGUUUGCUUGCCGUGCAUUAUAGGCUUGAGGUGGCUUCCUUAAUCACACAGGUAGCCAGCCUACGUAAGAAACUGUGGAAAACGCAGAGUGGAAUGUUUACCUUUUCUACACCGGUGGCUGAAUGGCGUUCGCGCAUGUUGGAUGCAUCGCCGUCUUGUCGUUUGUCAUUAUCCGACUGGCCGGUGUUGCCCGGGGUUCCUUCACCAGGGGAGCCAUCUCCUGCCUCUCCUCCCCAUCUGAUAGCGGAGUCGAAGGAGCACAGCAAGAGGAGCAUGGCAAUCAUCGAUGGUCACGUCACGAGCCGUGGAAGACGAAGACAGCGGCCUGCCGCAAAGCAGCCUAUACUCCCAACGAGAGGCCCGGAGCGGAUACAAACAACAAAUAGUUUCGCCGCCCUGGAGCCUGAUCUUCCUGCACCUUAGUCGCUGGAGGUACCUGUGUCUGCGGCCACUGUGCCUACUCCUUCCCCUACGAUUUCGAAGUCGACGUCGGCAACCUUCCGUCCCUGCUCUGGAUCGAGCGGGGCUUCUCCAUCUGUCGGAGGCCUGCACCAUCCUGUGAAGCGUGGAAGUGGGCGGAUUUCCUCGUCCUUCUCGCCAGCCGUGAUUUUGGGCAGCUCCAUGGUAAGAAAUGUGACUGUUCCUCGUGCAAAAACAAUGUCCUGUCCCGGAGCUCGAGUAAAUGACAUUACUAAACUGCAACCAAAUAUACUACGCCAGGACAUGGACAUCGAUUCUAUCGUAGUCCAUGUGGGUUUUAAUGACAUUGUGAUGGGCAGCUCUGAACAGUUGAAACUGGAUUUUCAAAGAGCUGAUUGACUCUCUGCUAGACACUAAUAAAAUAUCCAUCAUAUCUGGCUCUGUGCCCUCUCUGAAUCGUGGCAUUGAACGCUUUAGCAGGAUUCUUUCUCUUACAUGUUUUACAUUUUUAGUCAUUUAGCAGACGCUCUUAUCCAGAGCGACUUACAGUUAGUGAGUGCAUACAUAAAAAAAUAAAAAUAAAUUCAUACUGGCCCCCCGUGGGAAUCGAACCCACAACCCUGGCGUUGUAAACGCCAUGCUCUACCAACUGAACUACACGGGGCUUCACAGCUGGCUACUUGAUUAUUGCAGCUCAAUGGGUGUAACUUUUGUUGACAAUUUUGAUACCUUUUGAAAACAAAAUACAUUUUAUAAGGAAGUUGGGAUCCACCAAAAUAAUUUCACCUCAUUAAAGGCUGCAUUGAGAUAAUGUGUCGCUGAGUCAUCAUAAUGCUUUAGCAAAUGUACAUUAUACCAGGGGCAUUGGUAGACACAAUGUAAGUAACCUAACUUAUGUCCCUCUAACUGCCCUGAAUGCCUCUCCUGAUCCUACAGCUAUUGUAUGCAGCAAUCAUGUGUCUAUGAACCAGAUUUAUGCUGUUAGCACUGAGGCAGUGUGCCCUAGUAGGAAGUCCACUGAAUGCAGCUCACCCUGCACUAACAUAAAUAACAUGAGAAUAUCUACUUCUGCUAAGCUUCCCAGUAAAGCAAUGAAAACAAUCAAGCCUCCCAGAAAAGUGCUCAAAAUAGCCCAUGUUAACAUAUGUAGUUUAAGAAACAAGGUUCAUGAAAUUAAUAACUUGUUAGUAGCAGAUUACAUCCAUAUUCUGACUAUCACAGAAACUCACUUGGAAAAAACAUUUGAUGAUACAGUGGUAGCAAUACAAGGUUAUAACACUUACAGAAAAGACAGAAAUGCCUGUGAUGGAGGUGUUGCUGUUUAUAUUCAGAACCCCAUUCCUGUAAAGAUUAGAGAGGAUCUCAUGUUAAAUACUGUUGAAGUAAUAUGGCUACAGGUUCAUCUGCUUCACCUAAAGCCCAUUCUUGUGGGAAGCUGCUAUAGACCACCAAGUGCCAACAGUCAGUAUCUGGAUAACAUGUGUGAAAUGCUUGAUAUUGUAUGUGAUAUCAACAGAGAGGUAUGUUUUCUGGGUGAUUUAAAUAUUGACUGGCUUUCAUCAAGCUGCCCACUCAAGAAAAAGCUUCAAACUAUAACCAGUGCCUGCAACCUGGUUCAGAUUAUCAGUCAACCUACCAGGGUAGUUACAAAUAGCACAGGAAUGAAAUCAUCAACAUGUAUUGAUCACAUCUUUACUAAUGCUGCAGAAAUGUGCUUGAAAGCAGUAUCCAGAUCCAUCGGAUGUAGUGAUCACAAUAUAGUAGCCCACAUCUAGGAAAACCAACGUUCCAAAGGCUGGGCUUAAUAUAGUGUAUGAGGUCAUACAAUAAGUUGUGUAGUGAUUCCUAUGUUGUUGACGUAAAGAAUGUUUGUUGGUCCGUGGUGUGUAAUGACGAGCAAACAGACGUUGCUCUUGACACAUUUAUGAAAUUGCUUAUCCCAGUUACUAAUAAGCAUGCACCCAUUAAGAAAAUGACUGUAAAAACUGUUAAAUCCCCAUGGAUUGAUGAGGAAUUGAAAAAUUGAAUGGUUGAGGGAUGAGGCAAAAGGAAUGGCAAAUAAGUCUGGCUGAUCAACCGAUUGGCAAACAUACUGCAAAUUGAGAAAUCAAGUGACUAAACUGAAUAAAAAUAAAAUAAACUACACUAUGAAACAAAGAUAAAUGCCAUAAAGAAUGAUAGUAAAAAGCUUUGGAGCACCUUCAAUGAAAUGUUUGGAAAAAAGGCAAACUCAGCUCCAUCAUUAAUUGAAUCAGAUGUCUCAUUCAUUACAAAACCGACUGAUAUUGCCAACAACUUUAAUGAUUUUUUCAUUGGCAAGAUUAGCAAACUUAGGCAUGACAUGCCAGCAACAAACGCUGACACUACACAUCCAAGUAUAUCUGACCAAAUUAUGAAAAACAAUCAUUGUCUUUUUGAAAUCUGUAAAGUGAGUGUGGAAGAGGCGCAAAAAUGAUUGUUGUCUAUCAACAAUGACAAGCCACCGGGGUCUGACAACUUGGAUGGAAAAUUACUGAGGAUAAUAGUGGACGAUAUUGCCACUCCUAUUUGCCAUAUCUUCAAUUUAAGCCUUCUAGAAAGUGUGUGCCCUCAGAGGAAAGCAAAAGUCAUUCUGCUACCUAAGAAUAGUUUUAAUUCACAUUUUAAUUUGUAUGUUUGUUUGUUUCAUUAUUUGUCUUCCAGUGGGUAAGAGGCAGAAGCCGGGGGAGCUGAGUAGUGGGGGUCCGGGUCGGGAGCGAAGCGCCUGUUUCUUCUGGCAGGGCCGUCACUCCAGCGUCAGCGGCAAGGGCACCUCCGCACUGAUGACCGUAGAGCUGGGGAACCACAGGGGGGCGCAGGUGAGUCCACAGCACUCAAAGGGAUCACUUGUGCAGGGAUGCCUAACACUUCCCCGGGACAGUUACCCUCCUAAUCUAGCACACCUGAUUCUAUGAAUUAGCUGUUCAACAGGACCUUGAUUGGUUGAAUCAGUUGUGUUACAAUGGGGUCUGUCUUUCUUGCUGGUGGUUAGGUGUUGGUGACACAGGGCAAGGAGCCUCCAUGUUUCCUGCAGCUCUUCCAGGGAGGCCUG